GAAAUUGAAGAUCUACCUGUAGGGACGUUUGGAGCACUAUCCAAGCUACGAAACCUGUGAGUAGAUCAACACUUUACUCCAGCGAGUGAUAGAUUCAUGUUUCAGGGCUAAAGCACUUUAUCUUCACUUAUUUAGUGGUACAGUUUUGAUGACCAAAAUUCGUCCUGAGCAACAAAGAAAAUGUAAAUUGUAAAAUUCUUUCACUUAAUGUUCGAGGAAUUAGAUCGUGUGAUAAAAGAAGAGAUCUGUUUAUUAAUAAACAGAGAGCAGACAUCAUUUUUCUACAGGAAGGCGCUCUUUUCAAGACGCUUGUGGAAGAAAUAAGUCCAAAAUAAUAAUCCUGGCAGCCGGAUUUCAUAAGCGUAUCGAGCUUCUAAAUAUCAAACAAAUAGCCUUUAAAGAAUCUUUGCUUUGACACACCAUUUUAGUUUUGUUUUCGUUAGUACCCUUUUUUCGCUAAUUUGUUUAGUGUGAUAACUGAUAAUAGUUAUCAGUUUUAUAGUCUGUAAUUUGUGCUAUAAUUUUAUUUUUAUUUAUUAUUUUUUCUGCUUCUUUCUUUCUUGAAUAUAGUUAAGGUGUAUAGUUAUUCUAGUAGCGUUAAUGUGUGUAAAUUCCUUGUAAAUAAAGUUUUGUUAUAAACAUCCCCAUUCAAUAAAAUACAGAAAAAAAAGGUAGGUGAGGUAACCCGCAUGUCCAUAUAACCUCUCAUUUCUCAUGAUAGGUGGAGUGACCCGCCACAUGUUACCUCACCUACAUGUAUCUGGGAUCCCGUCAGCUCCAUGUAAACAGACCCUUAAUUAAUGGACGUUUAGUUAAUAUAUCAAUUUCUCCACACAAAUCUCUAUAAGUUUGGGUAAAACAUUUCUUCGGAUAUCUCGUAUACCUCAGUGUUGGUGGAUAGUAGUGGUAAAUUUACCUCGCCGCUUCUCGGCCUCGUUAAAUUUCACUACUAGCCACCUCCACUUCAGUGAAUAAUUGUUAUCUAUUCCAAUGGUCAUUUGCACAGUAAACACCAAAAAAUACAAAGCAAUAGGCCACUCCCGAAUUCCAGUUUAUUUUAUGCGCUCUUUUAAUUACACGGUUUGGGAACUUCGUGUUAUUCUGUGAAUUCAAUUUCAUUAAUUUGCCUAUCGGUAAGGAACAGGGUUUUCACUAAACUUAUAAACAUUUCUAGACUGAAACGACACCGGUUUGAAACUUCAUGGGGUCAGAUUAAUGAAUAAAUGUUCUAACAUUUGCCUCAUUUUAAAUUUAGACUCGGUGAAACUGCUUCUAGGGACCUUUAACUUAUUGCCCGGCGUCAGAUAAAGGCUUUUAAUCUGCCUUUGAAUGAUUUUUUUAUUGUUUAAAAUUCCUAAGUAGUAGAAUGAGUAGAAUUUUUGCUAACCCGGUUUUCAAAAAUCCAGGUAUAUUUCACUAUUUACUUUUGAAAUUUGCAAAGGCCUCAUUUUGUUGAAGGGAGGUUAAGGGAGGAAAAAGGAAAACGCGCUGGUCACGAUUAGGUUUAGCCACAAGUUGAUCUGCAACUUUUCGGCAAGUUUUGAUUUUUUAGCAUUUUUUAAAUUAUGUUUUACCUUUUUCACCACAUUUAUUAGCUUUCGAAAGAAAAUCCAGCUAAAUUGAACUGGUUUAUAGAGAGUUUUCACUCACGUUGGCCACCAUCUAUGCAAAUGUAUGAGAACAAAAAAAAAUUUUAGCAUGAGAAAAGGGUCCAACUCCCUCAGGAUUUGCUUGGAACACCAGUAUGGCCGCCGUUUUAUUGUUUUGGAACACCAAUAUGGCCGCCGUGACGUCAUGUGAAAACGCUCUAUACUACUGUGUGAGUAAGUGGACUCUAGCGCUGGCCUAAUUACCCAUUCUAGCUUGGUUUUGCACUCCUGUCCAUGAGGUCUGCGGUAUCACAUGACACGUUUUUCAAGAUGGCGGACAACACUGUCAGUGAUUCAGAUUCCAGCUGGGAAGAAAGUGCCCGAUUAAUCUCAUUUACCGAAGAAGCUAAAAUAGCUAGAGAAAGAAAAAUCCAGACGAAUCCGGUGGUUAAAAACCGCAAUAGAACCAACUUCAAGUGCAAACGAGUAAAAAAAAGUAGCAACUAUUGGGCAACUUUUUGAAAUUCAGCUACUUCUUGGCAUCUUUAAAAAUAAAAUAACAACUUUUUAGCAACUUUUGGACACUUUUAUCGGCAACUUUUUGGGAAUUUAUCGGCUACUUGUGGCUAAGCCUAGUCACGAUGGGAAGGGGAAAGAGAGAAAUUUGUACUCUUCCCACGGUCCCCGUUUUCUUUCUACUCUUCGAUUAUUUCUAUUUUUAUUGGGAUACUCAGUGGGAGCUUCUGCGUAAGAGAGAGUAACCGAAUAGGAAUGAAAACCCCCCUGAGGCGAAAAAGUAUGUCUCUUCACCAUUAAAAAAAGUUUUGAAUUGAUACUGUUUCAUAUCAUGAGUCGAUUGCAGGGGAACGCAUUUGAGGCUAUUGAUUCUAACACAUUUCACACAAUGGCGUCCUUUAAAACGCUAUAAGUUAUCUCAUAUUUUCAAAAUUACUUUGAAAAAGAGCAAUAGAAAAACUGUGUCGUACGUUAACUUAGGCUGUCUGAGGAAGAAAAUAUUGUUACAGACAAAUUUUAAUUAUCUAAGAUGCCGCUUACACGGGUCCGGACAAAUCUUUGAACGAACCAUUUUUUAACCUGUUCAACCUGUUUAUUCACAACCGUGCAAACUCUGUUAAAGAUUUCAGUACCGUUUCCACUUCAAAAAAUUGGUUCUGCGCGCCCCGUGUAAACGAAACGCGGAUCCGUGCAAGUUUUUUCCGUUCAAAAACUGUCCGGAUUCGUGUAAACGGCAUCUAAACCUAUUGCGUUUUGGCCGUUCUUGUUGCCGUCCCCGUUGCUUAAGCUCCCUAUAAAUAUUGUCGGAAAUCCUACGCGGUAAGAUUGUGGAACUAGAUAAUUUUGUUUGAAAAUAAUAAUGCCCUAUUACUAUGAAGGAACUCCUCUGAAUUUAAAUCAAGAAUUAGGAAAACGUUUGUAGGACACUCUUUGAGCGGAAAAAAAGUAAAGAUAUGACCAAAUUACAAACGCUUGGCAGCUUUCUUGUUUCGUAUGCUUGAGAACAACGUUGGCUCACGCGAUCCUUCUUGAGAGAUUACGAUUUCGUUAUGGCUUUUCUAACCUAGUUCUUCAGUGGUUCACUUCUUAUCUUGUUAACCGUCCUCAACGCUUAGUGUUGGACAAGUUUUCUUCCCAGCCUCGUCGUUUAUCUUGUGGAGUCCCUCAAGGCUCCGUUUUAGGACCGGUGUUAUUUUCUCUAUAUAUUUCUCCGUUGAAGGAUGUAAUUACGGCUACGGCUUAAAUGCAAUGAUGUACGCCAACGAUGCAACUUUACAUUAUUAAGAGACAAAGCAAUCGUGCUACAGCAUUAGAGGAUCUUACGCUUUGUAUUCAGGAUAUCAUGUUCUGGAAUGUCUCUAACAUGCUUAAAUGUAAGCCAAAGAAGACUGAAUUCAUUCACUUCUCCUCGCAUUCUUCACCGGCCGAACCAAUUCCUUCUAUCAAGGUUGGAGAUUGUCCAAUUUCUCUGGGUAAUGAAGUCAAGAACCUUGGAGUCACAGUUGAGAGCCUUCUCACUUUUAAAACUUACAUUAACAACGAUUGUUACUGACCACCUCACGUUCUAUUCAUCUCACCGGAAAAAAAAAUAGGAAGCUUCUAUCUAGAUCUACUACGGAACGUCUUAUUCACGCAUUUUUUUAUUCAAAACUGGAUUACUGCAACAGCAUUCUUCACGGACUACCCUCCUAUGAGGUAGAGAAACUACAACGGUUGCAAAAUACAGCCGCAAGGCUAACUGUUAGAGCAAAAGAGUCUGCUCACAUCACUUCAAUCUUAAAGAGUUUGCACUGGCUCUUAUUAAAAUAAAAGAAUUAUUUUUAAGAUUCUGUUGGUCACUUACAAAAUCCUCCAUGCCUUUGCUCCAACCUUUUUAAAUGAGCUGCUUUUUAACCACACGCCUCACCGUUUAUUACUGUCAAGUAUCUUUAACCUGCUGUCUAUUCCAAAGACUACAAAGGCUACCUAUGGGGACAAAUCCUUCUCAAUCAUUGCUACAAAGCUUUGGAAUGACCUACCCAUUACAAUCAAACAGUGCUCCAGAUUCGACUCUUUUAAAUUGAGAUUACAAACUUUUCUUUUUAACCGUGUUUGUUGUUAGAUUAGGUAAAUAAUUUUUUGUAAAAAGCAUUGAGACUUCCGUGUGUUAUAAAAUGCGUUUUUUAGCACCCUGUUAUUAUCAUUAUUAUUAUUAUUAUUAUUUUAACAAGUAAUACCGGUAAAAGUAAAUGAUAAUAAUUUUACACUGUAUAAAGCUUCGAGUUUAAGCCUUAAAAGCCUUUUCGUCUUUCUUCGGACGUGCCGCAUAUUUAUACGACGAAGUCACGGUUCGAGAUUGUCCGCUAUAGUAAGAAGUGAUUCCAUUUGCUUUUAUUGAGAUGGAUAGAUGAAAAUUGAUCGCUCUUUUUGAUAUACAAAUCAUGUGAAAGAGAAAGUAAAAUCAAUUUUUAAAGCUGAUUCUUAAGUCGCGGCACAAGGCGAUUUAUAAAAUGGAUUUACAAAGAGAGAUACGAAUUGCUCUUACUGAAUAAAAUACAACAACUUGAUAACAGUCUGCAACCCACUAAGCUGAAACUUAUGUCAUGUUAGGCCCCUUUCAAAAGGGGAACUUCUUAUGAGUGCCGAACACCUAUUUAAGUCAAUGAGAGUAAUUAAAUACGGCAGUUGAUUCAGACGUCGGAUAUGAUGGUGCCGAAUGCAACUCCGUUUGUUGUAAAUAUUCCCAGUCUCUAGAAAAAUUAUUUAAUAAAUAAAUGGGUAGUAUUACUAAAAAUACAGGUAGACACGCUAUGAUACAAAACGCAUUUUUAUAUUCCUGUAAACUUUGCUUUCAAUUUACCUCAUUAUGUUACUAUAUGUACCACACAGGUAAAAAAGAGAUUAAAAAAAAAAAGAAAGAAAACAAAAGGGGGGUUCGAAAAAUUUGCUUCUACGGGAUUCGUACUCGGACCCUCAAAAUCAGUUAGAACUAAAAGUUAACCCCUCUAUCCACUGGACCACCUGGGUAAGCGCUAACGAUUUGAAUUUAAAAGAGGUAUAUAUACAUAUUCCUUCUCUAUGGUGAUUGACAGUUUUCAAGAAUGACUGUUUCGGGUUUUUUAAAUUUCCGUGUAGGAUCAAAUCUUUAACUGAUCGAAGCUAGACGUAAAGCUCACAAUAAACCCAUUAAGACCCUUUCAGGCUUGGUCCAUGCCAGGGGAACGUUUAAGAAAUUUAUGAACUAUCGAUCGCGCGGCUACCGACUGAACCGUAUGACCGUACGAUUCUCUGCCUGCUGUUAAGGUGUCUUUUCAUCGAUCGGGGAAAACAUUAACACAACAUUCUUCAUCUUUAUGUCCAUUGUCUUAGGUUAGGGUAGCAAACCGUUUGGCUUUUAGGGUUAGAAGAGCUGCUUCAUAACCUCUCUCCCUGGAAUGAAGAAAAACAAUGUGGCCGCCAAAUACAUCGUUUUAGUUCUUACAGUUCUCCUUUAUUCACAAACGUUGAACAUUUAUUUCGGCAAACAAACAGUUAAGUUGAAAAAGGAUUUUACAGAAGUCUCAAGAAUAGGUCUCCUUUUCGAUUUUAACUUGCAAUAUCGGUCAAUUUACGAAACUUUUAAACUUCUGGCUCAGUUUUCGUUUGGUUCUACUUUGAAAAUGGAAUAAUAAUUACUCAGAGACAAUGCAGUGUCAAGAAUUGUUGAGAAAAACAGUAGAAAAUUGCCAAUUUAUGACAAAAAAGGUACUUUAAAAACGAACUAAAACAUUCAAAACGCUUUGAUCACGUGACUAAUGAGGUCAUGGCCCUCUUUUAGUUAUGAAAAAAAUAUCAGGUAGAACAUUACUUUCCUGCAAAUGUUCUCUGCCGUGUGAUAAAAGGUUGACUCUCUACUGCGAUAGGCCUAGUCUAAGAACUCACCUCCCACUUGCCAGCAAGUACGCGCGUUUUAUGUACCUAAAUCUUUCCAAAAACCUACAUCCGAAGUUCGUCUUAUUGAGACUGGCUUCACAGAUCAGACAAUUGCGGCGUUAUACGUUCUCCCAUUAAAGCUCACAAAAAGUAUAAAGCUUUCCAUGUUUCAGUUUAAAAAAACCAUCACAUCCAGAACACUCGCAACAAACUUUUCAAGGCCAAAAUUACUGACAGUGACUCUUGUCAUGUGUGUGAAUCGAAGCAUACCCUAGAACAUCUUUUUGUAGAAUGCCAGUAUGUCCACUCCUUCCGGAACCUUUUUACCUCUUGGUGGAACAAUAACAAUUGGCCCUCAGUGUCCUUGACCAAUAACGAUUAGAUUUACCGAUAUCUCCCUUAGAAUCGAUCCUUCCAUACGUUUAAUCUUUGCCUGAUAGUCGCUCGUUUUCAUAUCUACACCGCAGCCAAAGAAAGCGAACCUUAUAGUUUCUUAGCCUUUAAAGCUUUUCUGAAAUACAAAUUAUCUAUAGAGCCUUCAAGUGUCCGUGAAUCCUUGAGCCUUUAGCCGUAAACAAGCUUGGCAUGUUUAGUUAUUUCUGUUACUUGGUUAUUAUUGUAACACAAAGCAAUAAACCAAAGCAUUUAGCAGAACACAACUCUAUUCUCCAUGGCGGAAGAACACAUGUCCCUCUGACCUGCGCACUACACUCUAACUGCGCAAUACUUAUAUAAAAUAUCCCCCUUCUCUAUGAAGGCAUGAAUGUAUAACAGAAACCAAAGGCAGUAGUAAUAACCCAAGCUAGGCUCACAAUGGAACUUAGUUAAACUCAGUUUCUUAGAAACGUACUAGCUCAAAAGAAAGUCAUUAAAAUAACUGAGAACCCGCCGUUCUCGGAAAGGCCUGCCAACAUGUUCUGUGUUCCCUAAUGUAACAUUCCCAUGACUGGGGACUCUCUCUGCUUGAAUAUCGAUGCCAGGCCACCAGGCUCGUUGUCUGAGAUGCUGUUUAAAUUUAGUAAUGCCUUGGUUCCCCUCAUGUGCUAGCUGAAGAAUGCGUGGGUGCGGUGCGUAUGGAAUUACAAUACGACUGUUCCGCAAAAUAAUGCCGUGUUUCUGGCAAAUUUCUUCCUUUAGAUCAGCAAAGGGCGCUGGUGCAGCUGACCUGUCCCCAGUGUCCAGGCACUCCUUGAUGGUUUUCAAAGUAGGGUCAUAUUCGGAAGCCAGAAGAAGCUCCUGAAGAGUGAUGGCAGAAGGAAGGGAGUCAACCACAAUGGAGUUAACGUAGUCCUCAACAGGAUCUCUAGGUGUAUUGUAUUGGUGGUGACAGGUUUGCGGGACAGGAAGUCGACAGCAGUUUUGAUGCCACGUUGGUAAACAAUGCGUGGGCUGUAGUUUUGAUCGCCAACGUUCGAUUCUCGGUGAUGGGUUCCCACAGCGUUGAGGACAACUUCCAGGGGUUUGUGAUCUCCCACUAAGUCAAACUGGCUGCCGUGGAUAUAAAAAUGAAACUUCUCACACGCCCAUGCUCCUGAUAAGGCUUCUCUUUCGGUUUGGCUGUAGCGCUGUUCGACGGGUGAUAGACUGCGGCUUGCAUACGCAACAGGCCGGAUAGAACCAUCAGGGUGUUUCUGAGUCAAGGCGCCACUGAUUCAAUCUUGCAGGCAUCAGUGCUUACUGGGAUCGGGAGGGAGGGGUCAACAUGGGCCAGAACCGUGUCACUAGAUAUGAGGUCAGGCAGGUUGUUAAGGGUUUCAGAUUGCUCUGGGCCCCAUGACCAUGGACAGUCUGUGUGUGUGAUCCUUCGUAUUGGCUCUGUCAUAGCAGCUAGGUUUGGAAGGAAACGGGCAAUGGUAUUUACUAAUCCCAGAAAGCUUCUUGCUUCCGUGGCUGUGCUGGGCGGCUGCAUGUGCUUGAUUGCGUGCAUACGAUCCUUGUCGGGGGAUACACCUUGUGCUGAGAUGUGAAAUCCUUAAUAGUCCAGUUCCGGGACAUCAAAUAGGCAAUUGGUUUGGUUGACUGUGAGGUUUUUCUCUUGCAGACGUAGCAACACAUUUUCUAGGGGUCUGUCAUGCUCUUCCUUAGUGGUACCAUGGACGAGAAUGUCUUCAGCAAUGUUCCUUACAUUAUGGCAUCCCUCGAGGACUUUUCCAAUUACGUGUUGACAUAUUUCAGAGAACCCACUGAUGCUCUAUAUGGCAGACGCUUGUAACGGCGGAGGCCAACGAGUGUUCUGAAUGUUGUCAGAUGACGAGACGAUUCAGCAAGUUCAAUUUGGUGAUACCAUUCCUUAAGAUCAAUUUUGGAAAAUAAAUUGGAGCCGUUUUGGUCUUGGAGAAUUUCUUCGGAUGUUGGGUAUAGGUGGUGUGUAGGGCGGAGAGCUUCUUUGGGCUUGCACAUGUUUACACACAGUCGUAUGUCACCAUUCGGCUUGUCGACAAUGACAAGUGGUGAUACCCAUGAUGUCGGGCCCGUGACCUGUUCGAUGAUAUCUUGAUCUUCAAGCUGUUUCAGCUUGGCUUCCACCUUGGCACGGUAAUGUAAGGGUGUAGGACGGGCAUUUUGUACCACCGGUUGUACAGUUGAGUCAAUGUUGAGCUCAAGUUGAUAAUCUUUUAGUUUCCCGAUUUUGCCACUGAACACUGCUGGGAACUUCUGUAAAAGGUACUGGUAUUCGUCGUGUACAGGUGAAUGGUCAGUAGUUGUAAAGGCGGUGACAUAAAACAUUCCUAGCCGGGUUGAGGUUUCACGACUCAGGAGACAGCCAGAAUUUCGUGCUUUGAGUACCAGGGACCUGGUCAGGUCCAUUUCCCCUAACGGAGUAUAUAUUGAUCAUUCCGAAAAACGAUCCGGCGAGAGGAAUCGGGGCAGGGUUGUCUUCUCCAUAAGGGUGAAGUUUCACACUGGUUUGUUUUUAAGGGCACUGAUCGCCUCAUCUGUUGCAUGUAGUCAAUGGUGUUCGCUGUUGCACCAGAAUCCAUACAAACUUGAACUGGGGUACCUUUAAUGGUAACUCUGAUGUCUGCUUUUACUUGGUUAGGGUUGAGAUGAAAUGCCUCAUGACAUUCAUCCUCUUCUCAUGCUCAAGAAUUACAAACAUACCGGGCCUUGGAAAUCUCUGCCUGUUUGCUAUUUAGGUGACCUGGAUUUGAGGUUUUUUUCAUACAUACGCGUCCAAAAUGGUGUAGGAUUCCGCACUGAGAACAUGUCUUGCGAAAGCAGGGCAUCUGGGAGUUUGUGGCUGGUGGUCGCGCUGGUUACCGCAAUGUGUACAUUGUUGCCGCUUCUCCGAAGUAAAAUUCAGUUGUUCUUCUUCGCUGAUUGUUGGCAUUGUCAGUUGGUGAGCGUUUUCCGACCGUUCCUGGGACGAGACAUUCUCAAUGUUCGCCACCUGAAAAUUGGCCGACUCCAUGGAGUAAGCAAUAUCUAACAAUGAACUGAGAGAAGCAGUGGAUUUUUCGCGUAGGAGGCGUCGACGAAGUGUGGUGGGAUGACAAUAUUCAAUUAAUUAAUAACCUUGUCGAGCGAAUAUUUAUCGAAGACACAAUGCUCACCCAGUCGCCGUAGUCGUGUGACGUAUUGAGCAAUCGAUUCGUUUGGCUCUUGAUGAGCCUGGCGAAAGGUGUGUCUUUCAAAUUGUAAGCUUUUCUGAGGAGAGAAGUGCGUGUUCAGCGCAGUAAGCGCCUCCGUGUAAGUGGUUCCAGUGUCUGAUAAGGUAGCGAAGAUGUCUCUUGAACAGCCGGCCCGGCAAGGUGAAGUAGCAAAGCUCGUUUGCUAUUGUCAAAAGUAAUUCCACGGGCAUUGGUAUGGAUGUGACCUCGGCGCGCCAUCCUCGUCGCCAAAAUACUGUAACACAAACGAAGAAACCAAAGCAUUUAGAAGAACACAACUCUAUUCUCCACUGCGGGCUAACGCAUGUCCCUCGGACCUGCGCCAUACACUCUACGUAGGCAAUGCGUAUAUACAAUAGUUUUUUUAUUUAUCUAUCUAAGUAUUCUUUUUUUGUAAUUAACAAUUGCAACGUCCUGUGUACCAGUUGUAUCUUGUCUGUUUCUUUUAUUUUAGUUUUGUAACGCGUUCUUUGUUGGUUAAAACUGUAUAUUGUAUUGUACUUAUCAGUAAGCUUCAAUAUUAAAACAAUAAUAAUAAUAAUAAUAAAAUAUUAUGACCUAUUGAAAGUGUUUGAUAUACAGUCGACUCCCGAUAACUCGAACCUUCAAGGGAAAUCGAAAAAAGGUUCGAGUUAUCGGGAGUUCGAGUUAUCGGGAGGUCGAAGAAAGUAGCCGAGAGUAAGGUAAAAAACAGUUUUUACUGCACAGUGAACAUUUUAAUGACAUUUAAUUGUAGAAAUGUCAAGUGAAAAUUAAAAGACACUUCUAGAUUUUAAAUCAGAACGUAACGUAACAAAAUAUAGCCUAAAUAGAGCAUGCGUUUUACUGUUUUUAGAAGAAAAGCUGCUUCACGUUAGCCUGUGACAAUCAACAUCAGCCUCUAUGUACUCGUAAACUAUACUCCACAACACGUCAAUAGGGCGGGAAAUCCAAAAUUCAAUGUUUCGGACGCCAGUAGACGGCUUUUUUCCCGACUUUUUAAGGGCUCAAAACAUGGUUCGAGUUAUCGAGGGUAAAAUUAUAUAGAAAAUGACCUGAGUGGAAACGAAAAUUGGUUCGAGUUAGCGGGAGUUCGAGUUUUUGAGGGUUCGAGUUACCGAGGGUAAAAUUACAGCGAAUGUAUGACGGAAAUCCAGGGGAAAUCGAUUUUGGUUCGAGUUAGCGCUAGAUUCGAGUUAGCGAGGGUUCGAGUUAUCCGGGAGUCGAGUGUACAUAACACUAUGGAAAAGUUUGUAGAAAUUUGUAUGUAUAAUGAGGAGUCGUUGUGUGAAACAGAAGAAAGUAACUGAAUGUGUGCCAGGUAAUGAAAGAUAUGUUCGAGCUAAAAAUGGUCGAAUGAUGAUGAAAUGCACCUGUUCGGAAUGUGGUAUAACUAAGACUAAAUUUGUCAAAAAUCAGGGAACCUAGUUAGCCCGUCCAAAUGGGCGGGCAUUGGGUCAGAUGUUGCAGGAACUGCAUUAGACAUGUUUGUGCAUCGUGGUCUUCCAUGGAUGGGAAAGAAAGCGGUUGAAAAGGGAAGAUAUUAUGGUUCAGAAGAACUGAGGAACCGAAAAAAAAGGCAAUUGACUACGCGUUGGAUAAACUGAUUCCAGUGAUUCAAAAUGUUGGUAGUCCAGCUCUUGAUCAAUUUUCAACAAAGAUUAGACCCAACAAAAAGUACAAAACCAGUUUGCAAGACAAAAUAGCAUAUUUUGCAAGUAUGCCUCUAGCAGGACCGGCACCUACAUUCACAACUGUUUUUGGUAAAUUAGGGUCUCAAGCAUUAAAAGGAAUAACAGACAAUAUAAAUCAUUAUAGAAGAGGUGCUGUCGAUCUUCAUAAAAUGAUUGGGAAAUUACUUAGGCCAAAAUCUGGAUGGACAUUACUUGGGCAUAAAUACACUGGUCCGUAUAAUGACCUAGAUUCACAAGCAAAAUACCAUCCGAAAACCGGAGAGGUACUUGAGAUAUGAUCAACCAACAGAUAAGACAGAUGCAAUAGCAAUGCAACAUGAUGUAGAUUAUUCAGUUUGCAAAGAAGAUAGAAAAUGUAAAAACAAAGCAGAUAGAAAAAUGGUUAAAGAAUGUGAUAAAGAAUUUAUUGAAAAUUUAGAUUACUCCGAAAUUUAAUUUCUAGUGGCUGUUAAACAGUACAACAAAAUUGAGAAACAAAACAAAAUCAAUAUAAACGUAUUUGGUUGCUAAGAUAAACGGCCAUAUCCCACCUAUGUAUCCGAAGAAAAGUUUGAACAUAAUAUGAACCUUCUACUGAUAACAGAGGCUGGAAACGAACACUAUGUACCUUAACUUUAACAAGUUCAUGUACAACCAAACAAAACGUCAUCAUAGGAAACAUUUCUGUAUGUAAUGUCUACAAUGUUUUAAUAAUGAGGAUGUACUAAAUAAUCACAAGACUAACUGUAUGAUUGUUAAUGGUUAGAAGGCUAUAAAAAUUCUUGAGAAAGAUAAUAACAUCUUGAAAUUCAACAACUUUCAUAAGCAGAUGCCUGUACCAUUUGUAAUCUAUGCUGGUUUUAAGGCUAUUAAAGAAAAAGUACAGGGAUCUCAACCAAACAAUUGUUGGUUAAAACAAUAUGGCGAUUUCAAUACACAAAAGAGAACUAAAUAAUGCUAAAAUGCUUUUGAAAAAAUAAAAGGACUUUUUUAAACUUAUGAACAACUCAGUUUUUGGCAAGACAAUAGAAAACAUUCGUAAAAGAGUAGAUGUGAGACUUUUAACAAGCAAAGAAAAACAAGUAAAAUUAGCUUCAAAACCGACUUAUGGAAGGCGUAAAAUUUUUUAUGAUAAUCUAGUGGCUGGGCAUAAGAUUAAAGAAACAAUUACCCUCAAAACGCCGGCAUAUGUAGGAAUGUGAAUUCUUGAUCUUAGUAAGACACCAAUGUAUGAUUGUCAUUAUAAUUAUAUUAAACAAAAGAAUGGUAAUAAAGCAAAAUUAUUAUUUAAUGAUACAGUUUAACUUACGAAAUUGAGACAGAGGAUGUGUGGACAACGGUGAUUAUUCAGAGCAAUCUCCUUAUUUUGAUAUAACAAACAAAAAAUUUAGAGAUGAAGCUGGUAGUAUCCCAAUUAAUGAGUUCGUUGGACAAAGAUCAAUUUUUUUUCUACGAAAGUUAGUGAAAAAGGCGGCAAAACAGCAAAAGAAUCAAAAAGAAUAUCAAACAUGUAGACUAUAAAAAUGUAUUAUUCAAGAAUAAACAAAUGUAUCACAAAAUGAAAACGAUUAGAAGUCAAAAUCACGAACUCGGAAGCUAGGAGUUUAAAAUAUAUAUAUAUAUAGUUUUCCAAAAAUAUUUACCAUUAGUGAGGAAAAGUAGUCUAGAGUUGGCUUGCUACCAGAUCAGUUAAUCAACAGAUCCGGUAGCGCCAACUCUAUACUUCUAGUCGCUUAAAAAAUCAAUAUAAACCGAUACCUUCUUCUAGGAGUUUAGCGGGGAACAAACUUUCUUUUCUGGAGGAUAAACCUCUUUGGAAUAAUGGCAAACUAAUGGAGCUGUAAAUACAGGCUAUAAUCAUUUAAUGUGAAUUUUUCUUCCAUUUCAUUAGCCGAAAGCCCACCACAUGACAUCUAAAUAAUUGCCUAAGAAUAAUGGUCUGCUCAUGCGCAAUAUCGUCCAACUGUGUUCGGCUGCAAAUAAUAUUCUGCUCAUGCGUAAACGAAACCACACUUUUCUCCUUCUUUCAAUCGUUCUUGCGUGAAAAAAAAGCAAAUCGCUUCGCUUCCGGAAGAUAUUCAUUAAAAAAACUUGGAGAUUGAAUGAUAAAACAAUAAUUGAACUCGGUUAUCGCAAAAUAUCGUGAUCCGUCCGUGUCUCGCAGGUCAGUUAUUUGCCUCAGCCUUGGGCUUUGGCAAAUGAUUGAUCUGCUCGCCACUGACAAAUCACGAUAUUUGGCUCAACCUCGUCCAAUAAUUGCUAAUUGUUUGUAGAAAUAAAGCGUAGAUCAUUUCGGUCUUAUUAAUUUAUUUGUUUCGAAGAAAAUACUUUUUUGUCGUUUGUUGUGCCAAAUCUCAGGCAUCUAGGAAGCAACCAGCUGGAGAUAAUUGGUGCCAGUGUCUUCAGCAAUCUCACUUCAGUCAGUCACCUGUAAGUAUAUCAAGAUUAAGUAGAGAUGUUUCAAAUCUAGUUCUCAGAAACUGAAAUUCUAAAGCACAUGUGAAUAACUUAUCACGAUCGUAGACCCUGAGGGGCAGCCAGGUGGGUCGACAGCUGAGGAAACUUUCGUCGCGCUUUUUCUGCCCACCCGACUGAGGGAGAUGAAGUGCUUUUCGUCUCCGAUUUGAUUUACUAACGUCACUAAGGCAAUCAAUGCAUCCAAUGCUUAAGCAGGAAUAAAAUAAAGAUAAUUAUCAUAAAAUCGUAAACGUUAUCAUAGUCAUAAUCUUAAACUUAAUGGUAAUCGUAAUCAUUAUCAUUAUCAUUACCAUUAUCAUAUUUAUAAUCAUUAUCGGAAUCAUAAUCAUAAUCUUAAUAACAUGGUGUCUGGAGAUAAAUAUGCACGUGAAAAUUUUUGAGAACACCAAAGGAGUGCCAAAGAAGCACGAGGCGCAAGCUAUUCGCUUAAGUUUUCCGACAAAGCUAAUUGAAAUUGCUAAUUUUACUAUUAGGAUUAACCAACCCUUAUUGGUUGAAUCAAAAGCUUUUGAUUGAUACCUUUUUUCCUUAUAUAACGUAGUCUCCUGCGAGAUAAUCGAUUGACUGAAAUCUCUGAGGGAAUCGGAACUAUGACCAGUCUGCUGAUAUUGUAAGUUGGGUAGCAUAUCUUCAUCGCACAGAUACGUGUAUGUCAUGGUCUGCUGAGUAAUAUAAUAUGGUUGUAACUGCUUUAGUGAAGGGAACAUAUCCGUUUUCUUAAAAAUUAUAGUCAACUCUCUCUUAACGGACACCUCGAUCAAUAAGGACACCUUGCUAAAACGAACACCUAGAGCUGGUCCGUCCCUUUUUUACUCCCUCUUGUUGACUCUAUCAAACAAGUGUCUCUCUAAGACGGGCACUUAAUGACGGUCCCAAAGAUGUCCGUCUUAGGGAGAUUUGACUGCAUACACAAACUUGAGUCUCACCUUCUUAAGACGGGUGUUUAACAUGUGAGAUGUGAGCAAUUAUCAACAAGUGAAAUCCAGUAUUUCCUAUAUGGGCCUUGUUUCUUGAGCGAGGAAAACUGUACGGAAGCGUUAUCUGAUUGAAUUAUGAGUUGCGAACAACGGGGCUUUGAGCUGGAUAAAGUGGAACCCGAACGGGUUUUUUGAUACAGUAGGCUGCUCUUAGAUUAGGUUCCACCUGAUCACUUUGAGAAACACUGACUUGCUAAACUGCAUUACAAUUUCUUUAAGGGAUCUCUCCAGGAACAACAUAACACGUAUUCCAGUAACACCAUUGAACCGCUUGAGGAAACUCAAAGUUUUGUAAGUAGAAUUCCUUAGUUUGUAACUUAGAACUGUAAAAGAUAAUCAUAUACAAAGUGUAAAAUUUAUGUGCCCUUGCAAAUAAAAUAAAGACAACUGAUGUGAGAAAGGUCGCGCAUAAACGUUAAAGCUCAACCGCUCAACUUUUACGUUUACGCGCGAUGCUUCAUACAUUGCCUCUACUUUUUGCGUGGGCGCAUAAAAUUUACCUGCGUAGGCGCGCAUAAAUUACGCGAGUGUGGAAGUACACCUUUGGGCUGCCAGGCUAUAUCAGUAGUAUAAAGUGACUUACCAUCUGUCUUAGGCCUUUCAAGAUAUCAACCAGCAGCUUAAAACCAUAAAAUACAUACGGUAUUUAUUCAUAAGACGUUAAGGUAAAAGAUAGUGUUGUGCUAUAAUGUAUACUUUUUAUUGUUAUUCUUUCAGAGCAUUACAUCAGAAUUUAAUCGACUCAAUAACAAAUGAAACGUUUGCCAACCUUACUGAACUCCAGUUUUUGUAAGUUGAAACAACCAAGAUUGAUUUCUGUUCUCGUGGAGGACAUUUAUCAAUUAUCAUGGUUCUAUAUUUAAGUAAUAGAAAACGUUUUCAGUGUUUGCAUAGCCUGAUAUAAACACGAGAGGGGUUGGGAGAACUCGAGACCCUUAUGCAAACCCGAGACGAAGUCGAGGGUUUGCAUAACUGUCGAGAAUUCUCCCAACCCCUCGAGUGUUUAUAUCAGGCUAUGCAAACAUAGGAAAAAAGUUUUCUAUUGCUUUUAUAAAUAACUUUCCCGAGAAAAACGCAAAACUCUUUGUUGUCGCAAAGUCGUGUACACGAAGGCUUGCACGCGUAAUCAGUUCUUGUUUUGCAAAAAGAUGCUUUCCAAAAUACGGAUUUUUCUCAUUUAAAAUGUCAGCUUAAGCGAAAACAAAGUUGACACAGCUUGUUUGUAAAGGUGUACCAAGUUUCAGCUGACGAAGGAAUGGGUAAAUAAAGUAAACUUGUCGAGUUUUGAACUCAAAAACUUUUUCAAAUUUGUGCUUGCGUGAUUAGCGCGCGAAAAGCAAAACAUCUUGACGUCACAACCAUGUUUACACACUCUCAUGCAAACACUCCUCUCGGCCAAUCAGAGCGCGCGUACUAUCUUAGUUACUUUAUAAGUUAUAUUCUUGUACUAUUUAAUUUGUCACAAGAUGGUUGAAAUAAGUAAGGUAAAUUCGUAGUUCGUGACAAGCGCCAUGAUCAUGAUUCUGAUCCUGGAAGAAGCUGAUUACUGAAAUAAAUAUUUUCCGAUCGGUGUCAGUGAAAAACAAACAAAAGCAACUCUAGUUGGAUUUUUUGCUGCUUUUAGCCGUUCCCCUUGUAGUGAUAUCCCAGUUCUGCAUUUCUACACCGCCCUCUUUUCCAUAACUAGUUUUAUGAUAAAGUUCAGAAAAAAAUGCGCGCUUUGAGUAGUUGAAAAAGCGUGCUAUGUGUUUCGCCAUCUGCCAAUAGUUUGUUUUGAAAGUUAAAAAGUAAUGUGUGGGAUUUAACCGAAUUCUUUGUCAUUAAAAAAAUGAAAAAGCUUUGACUGUGCCCUGUUUUGGUGUAAAGCACUUAGGAAGCAGCUAGAGCACUAUACAUGAAGUAGGGAGAAACGCUCGACUGCGUCUCCUGUUUCCCCCUAUACUUCUUUCGUGCUCUAGCGGCUUCCUACGUGCUUUACAACAAAACAGAGUACAGUAAAGACUUCUUUGUUUGUUAAAUAGUAAAUUAUUUUCAAACAAUUGAAGGCAUUAAAAGCUAAUUAGUGCAUCUCGCCAGGUGCAAAGUGUAAGUUUUAUUAGUAGCGAAGCGUACGCCCUUAGAGAGAAACUACUCACAUUAAGAUACUAAUCGUUACAGUCAUCACGACGUACACCGUAAGCAGUAAACAUGUACACUUCUCUAACACCUAACGUGACAUUCAUGAUACAGGGAUUUCGUUGUUCUAUCUGCUCCAUUACAUUCGUAUAACAACAUUUGUACUUCUCAAUUUCGCAGAUUUCUUAAUAAGAACCGUCUCACCAAGAUUCCAGACGAAGCUUUCUUAAAUCUUAAAAACUUGAGGCUGCUGUAAGUUCUUUUGUAAUCAUUGAUUUUAGCUAACAAUGUGAUCUUCUCUUUUGCUAUUCUCAUACACGUUUCCUACUUCUUGGUUUUUCCCACAGCAUGUUUUCCGAUAAUAAAAUUAAAGAUGUUGGAUCCCAGGCGUUUAUUGUUGGUAACUCCUUUGAUACCCAAAUGUAAGUACUGCAGUAUAGAACGUCUCGUCCGUCUCGUAACUAAGGGACCACCUUUCGUACACCUUUCGUACACCAAGUUUUCUCCGAGGCAAAGCAAUAUAGCUGUAGCUUGAUUACCAAUAAUUUAUUGUCCAACAAGCAGUUUGGUUUCCGGAAGGGUUUCUCAACUACAACAGCUUUGACCUCAUUUGCUGAUGAAGUGCUCUUAAACAUGGAACAAGGAAAGCUUUGCGGGGCCGUGUUCAUCGAUCUAACCAAGGCAUUUGACACGGUAGACCAUCAAAUAAUGUUAUGCAAGCUAUCCGAGAUCGGCCUUUCUGAAACAGCUCUUCAUUGGUUCCGUUCUUACUUAACUGGUAGACAACAGCGCACAUCAUGUGGAAAUGAAUUAUCUGAGGAACUUCCAGUCACGCAUGGGGUGCCACAGGGUAGCAUUCUAGGGCCUCUGUUGUUUGUGAUUUACAUAAAUAACUUGCCAAAUGUGCUUAACUCCUGCAACGCGUCACUUUAUGCAGACGACACUGUAAUUUAUUGCUAUGGUACAUCCUGAAAGGAGUUGAGUGAUAAGUUAAAUAACGAUCUACUGGGUGUGGCGAAAUGGCUUCAUGAUCACAAACUGACUUUAAAUUUGGACAAAACUAAACGCAUGCUCAUCGGUAGUAAUAGGAAACGCGAAAGCAAAGUAGAUUUGACUGUUUCAAUUUUAAAUCAUAGUAUAAGUAAUGUUCGCAGCUUUAAAUACCUCGGUAUACAUAUAUCUUCGGAUCUCACAUGGACUGAUCAUGUUGAACACCUAACUGGGAAAAUCAAUCAGAGGCUUGGGCUUCCCAAGCGUAUAAAGCAUUUAUUGCCUUUCAGGGCUCGUCUACUUUUCUAUAAAAGUCUUGUUAUACCCCUUUUUGAAUAUGCUGAUCUAGUAUGGGGCGAUAAACAUAAUAUUACCCUUAUGUCUAGUUUGCAAGUUUUGCAAAAUAAGGCCGCUAAAGUUAUUUUAAAUAGACCAUUGUACUCAUCCUCCACUGAGGCAUUAGCCGUUCUUAAGUGGCUGCCUCUAGAGAAAAGGCGAUUUCAAAGAAGGUGUGUACACGUAUACAAAUGCAUCAAUGGCCUAAUUAAUCACGAUAUGGACUUGAUUAGACAAGACGUACUUCAUAGGCAUAAUACACGUAACAAAGGCAAUUUUAGAUUACCACGUGUCAAAAGAAAUUGGGGGAAGCAAAGAACACAAUAUCAUGCCGUUUCCGAUUUCAACUCCCUCAGUCAGACGAUCAAAGACUCAAGGAAUGUAAAUAGUUUUAAACAUAAUGUUUUUAAGUUUUUGAUAUAGCUACUUACGUUUAAUUUUUACUUAUACUUAUUUUUAAUUUUUUAUGCAUUUUUUGUAUCUUUUUAAUCCCUUUGCAAUUUUAUAGCUUUUUUUUUUGUUUUUAUAAUAUAUAUCUAGUUUUGAGGUCCUUUUUGAAAACCAUAUCUUUUAUGAAAAAGUUUCCUCAAUAAAGAUGAUUAUUAUUAUAAACUCUCGUAAGCGACGUCGGCUAUUUUUUGAUGUUCUGAUUUAACGUUGUUUAAGCACACACCAUGACUUGAUUUGGUAAUGAACUUAAUAUUGGACAUUUACGUUAUGAUCAAUUGACAGCUGCCAAAAUAGGAUACCGGCUGACCAGUGUUACAUGACUGUAUCGCGACCUCAGGUGUGCAACUCAUUUUUAAGGUUCUCGGCUGACCAGCUAAGGCAUUCCAAGUGAUCGCAGGCUCAGAAAACUUCGUUUAGAAAGACAGUUCUUAAAAUAACCCACGAGAGCUUCACUUUUAGCCUUGGCUAAAUCUAUACAUUACAUGCAACAGAUACAUGAUACGAACAGCUUUAAGAUCCCUCGACCUGGAUUCACUGGAAGGUGUGGAUAGUGCAACAACCAAAAUGUAAGUUUAAACUAUUUUUAGUUUCUUUCACAACUUAAGCUAGGUAGUCGGAAAAAUGUGCAAAGUAAUAACCCAUGUGAAAAACCUCCAUGGAAUUCCAUGGAAAAUUCUCCAUGGAAUUCCAUGGAGGAUUAGGACAUCAAUUUCCAUGGAAUUCCAUGGAAAUUUCUCCAUAGAUUUCCAUGGAAAAUAUUUGUAAGGAGGAUUAGGACAUUUCCCAUGAAAUUCCACGGAAAACAUUAGGACACCAAUUUCCAUGGAAAUUUCUGCGUCGACAUUUUCCAUGGAAUUCCAUGGAAAAGUUCCAUGCAAUUCACAGGAAUUACACAUUUAAAAUAUCCAGUGAAUCAAAUGGAAUACAUAACAGAUUUUGGUCCACUGCAAUUUAUUGAAUCAAUAAAAGGACCGCAUAAAUCUCUUUUUAAAGAUAACAUGCUUUUGGCGGAAAAUUUGACAUACUGUAGCUAAAGCAAAUUAAUGUUUACUUGGGACUAUACAAAUUGCAGUUUAGAAUGCAGCAAUCAUAUUGAAGUAGCUUAAAUGAAAAAUUUAGAUUUAAUAUAAAGGAAGGAGUCUUGGCCUGGUGUUUAAGAAAAGUAACAGGCGAACAGAUGCAUAAUUGAGCUAAUACUUGAAUGCAUAAACCGUCAGUAUGUAAGACUUAAACAUGGCUUUAUUUAAUGCGACGAAAAAGGGAAGUGCUACUUAUUUCCUCGAUCAGAACCAUGGUAUUUAGUUAUAGCAAAGUCCUACCUAAUCCUUGGGAAAAACGGCGUCAGCCACAAUUAUAAUUGAUCAGUCUCUUGUACAGUUUUUACGUAGCAGGCAUGAAAAUUCUAAAUAUGAUAUUUCUUCUUAUACAUCGAAGCAACCAUCGAAGUACAGUCUUCGAUUUCUAAUUCUGCCAGAAUUAGUAACUAUUCUGAAGGAUUCUAAAGGCAAUUUGCAGGAAAGACCACUUUCAUAUCUGUAUAAACAAAAAAGAUAAAAACUACAUAUUAAAACCCAUAAACAGCAGACAAUCGAGCGGACGAAUUCAGUUGAACAACCAAACACGAGUUGUGUACAUAUUAAGCUUACCUUCCUCCUUUAUUGCGCGAUCCAGCUGAGUCAUUGUUCAAUCGAAGUCGAUUUGAAACAAGCCAAAUGUAAGCAACCUCACAAGUGAUAUUUUGCGCUGAAAAUAACAUCUUUUUCGGAUGCAUUCAUUGCAAAGACAAUGCGUUCACACAACGCUGUCGUACUGCACAGAAGUCCGCCUAAAGAUUCGAACCAAGAAAACUGAUCGUCUUCGUAUUUCUAUUGGUUCAAAAGCCCCACGUGAUCGCGUAAGUCACUAAGCGGGGAGGCCUGGACGCCAGUUCAAGCACCAAACAUGGCGUCAAAUCACGGCACGAUCGUGGAGAUGUCUGUCUUAAAAGGCUUUAAAUUGUGGUCCCUUUCAGAGUUAAUUGUACUAUUCCGACGCUCUCGAAGAGUAAAGCAGUGAGAGGAAAAGAUUUCAUUGUUCUCCCAGGUGAGGGAACCUUUGAAAAAAGGCAGCAGGCCUAUUUAUAGUCUGAUGCACAGACGUUUUUAGUGUCGUCACACAACGCUCCUCCCCACUCAAAACGGCUGUGUAGCAGACUAGCCUAUCCACGGAUGCGGCAAAAAACUCUAAUAUUGCCUGUGUAGGUUCGCCGAAAUACUCCAUGUAAAGCAAUCUCAUCAAUCAGGUUGGACUUGAGUAAUAGGGAAAAUCUUAGCUCUCAACCAAACACACUUCGAUACCGAGAAGAGUUAUGUGCCUAGUGGGAUCAUUUUGUACUAGCUAUUUAAGUACGGGACCCGUACAUUGUCUUGUAUUUGCUAUUCAUACGGGAUUCCGACUAAACGGAUUAGGGCUAUUAAAGCACUGACUCGAAACGGUUAGCUUCUAAUUAGGGUUACGGUUGUUUUUAGAUAAGUAAAAUCAAACUCCACCCAGCAGCGAGUUACUACUCCGUGGUAGAGUGGUUAGGUUACGAACUGUGGAUUCUGCGCCCCUGGAUCGGUUCUUAAUCUUGCCAAAUCGAAUUUUUCUUCUUUUCAAAAUUUGUCACUGACAUUUUUUCCUUAAAAAUGGGACAGUGGUUGAAGAGACUUACACUUUCAUGGAAAUUUGUUGAUCAGAAAUUUCAAGAGACUUGAAAAUUUCAUAUAAAUUUCAAGUAAAGACUUGAUCCCGUAUGUCAUAGCAAAUACACGUCGGUACGGGUCCUGUACGAAUAGCAGCACUGUGUCAAUGUAAUGAAGCAACUGAAUGUUGUUAAUAACAGUGAUCUUGUCAUAUUUUAAAUGCAACACUGCUUUUAAAAGAUAAAUGGCAGACAGCCCUACUAAAAAACAAUUUUCUAUAUUUACUUUUUUUAACAGGAUUAUUUUUUUAUUAAGCACUCAAAACAUUCCUCUUUAUAGUUAGCAAUAAAAUUUCUUACACUGCGACUUUCAGUGUCGCCUGUCGGUGAACAAUACUUUUGCAUUGUCUGUGUAAUUUAGCUUUUAGCUUUUAGAAAGCUUCCAAAUGUUUCCUAUUUUUCUAUCCAAUAAAAAGUGCAGACUUGAACAUGUGGUUAACGAGUUGAUGAGCUGCUUGAUUACUGAAUUUCUAUGGAUUUCCCCAUACAAACUGCAUGGUAUUCUAUCGAACUCCAUGGACACGCUAUGGCAUUCCAUGAAACUGCAUCGGUACUUCAGGGAACCCCAUGGCAUUCCAUGGAACUCUACAAUAUUCCCUGGAUUUCCAUGGACCUCCAAGGAAAGUCCAUGGAAUUUCAUGACAUUCCAUGGAACUCCAUCACUACUUCAUGGAACUCCGUGGAACUCCAUGGUAUUCCAUGGAACUUCAUGGAACUCCGUGGAACUCCAUGGCAUUCCAUGGAACUCCAUGGAUACUCCGUGAAACUCCAUGGAUACUCCAUGGAACUUCAUGGCAUUCCAUGGAACUCCAUGGAUACUCCAUGGAAGUUCUGUGGAAUUCCAUGGGUUUCCAUCGAUUUCCUUGGAAUUCCAUGGAUUUCCAUAGAUUUCCAUGGAUUUCCAUGGAUUUCCAUGGAAUUCCAUGAAAUUCCAUGGAGGUAUUUCACACUGGAAGUAUUAAAUAUGGAUUGCUCAAGCGUGUUAGCCUCGCAGAUUUAUUUUAACCCUUUGCAGUUGUAAGCGGCUACCUAGUAAAAGCCUGUUAAAGUUUUUUUUAUAGUCCUCUUUCGUCUAUUUAUGUUUUCCUUAACUCGCUGUAACUUGUGUUGACCGAAAUGGAAAAUUGCAAACGAUAAUGAACAAAAACAAACGAAGCCAUAACAGAGACCACUUUCCCUUCUACCCUUUCGUCUAAAAGGUCAAACGCAACCAAUCGACCCUUACCUUGCAGAAAAAUGAGCGAUGGCCAAAUUGCUUCCGUGACUUUAAAGAACAAGAUUGGUUCUAAUCUCUGCAAAAUUCAACUGUAAGUAUCUUUAAUAUUAUUAUAUUAUCAUUAUUAUUAUUAUUACAAGUGAUACCGGUAAAAGCAAAUUAUAAUUAUUUUAUACUAUAUAAAGCUUCGAGUUUAAACCAUAAAAUAACUUGAUGAAAAAGAGUUACCUUUUAAGUCUUUCUUCGGUGCCGUAUAUUUCUACGACGACGUCAUGGUUCGAGGUUGUCCGCUAUAGUGAGAAGUGAUUUCAUUUGCUUUUAUUGAAAUGGGUGGAUAAAAAUUGAUAUGCACAAAUCAUGUCAAAGAGAAAGUAGAAUCAACUUUUACAACUGAUUCUUAAGUCGCGGCACAAACCGAUUAAUAAAAUGGAUUUACAAAGAGAGAUACGAAUUGCUCUUACUGAAAAGAAAGCAACAACUUAAUAACAGCCUGCAAACCACUAAGCUGAAACUUAGCAGUGCUUCACACCUAUUUUAGUCGAUGAAAGUAAUUAAAUACGGCAGUUGAUUCAGAUGUCGGAUAUGACGGUGCCGAAUUUAACUCCGUUUGUUGUAAAUAUUCCCAGUCUCUAGAAACAUUUUUAUCCAGUAUGGGUAAGGGUUUCUAUAAUUAACGCAUUAUAUUGGGCAAGUGUAAAAUGCGACUUCUAAAUCAAAUGCUGAACCUAAGUCGAAUUUUCGACUGUUUCCCUUGCAGAUUCGACAAAGUCGUAUUUAAUUUGGUGAUUCGGACGUUCCUUCUCAAAGCAGUUACGUCUCGAAUUAAAUUAGGCACCUGAGAAAAUCGGUAUUUGAGCUGGGUAGUGAUAACAUUGUCCAGUAUUAAUAAAAAUAGUUAAUGCCUGUGGCUGCCCUCGAAAGUGGUACUUGGCAUCCGAAGGAGUUUCGUUGUUAUUCACAAGAAAAAGAGAAAAACUUGAAUCGUCAGAUCUUUCCUUUAUCUCCAAAUAAUCUUUAACUCUUCAGUUCUUCAAAUAACAACUUAGUCUGCCUUAUACGAUACCGAUGAGCAAAGGAUUACAUGGAUUGUAAAACUAAAUCACACAUGUGAUAAACAAGAACAUGGCGGCAACUAACACGAGUCCUAAGCAAAAUGGUAACAACCGCUGACCAUAAAUACUGAAAAUUCAUUACUACAGCACUGCUGUAGUAACAUGGCUCCUCAACUGCAUGUCAUGCAGUUAAGACAAAACAAUAAACUUACAAGAGUCCCUGAGGCUAAACGUUCAACAAACUAUCAGUUCGAUACUCAAAUGGUAGAAUCUCGAAAGCUCAAGUCACUGAUCGGCAACAGCGAAUGAAUGUCAAAUGAGUUAAUCAAAAUCAAGAGUUCACUACAAUGUUCAUUGACAAUGAAACCUUUGCAACGUCUUUCAAUUGUUCUUCGUUGGCUCCUCGAUGGGGACUUCCCUGGUCUCCUCGUGAAAGACAUAUUCCUGGAACACUUCAUCUGCAGUCAACAAUAGAACGAGCUUGUUUAUAGGUCUGCCUAAAUGUGAUGGUGGGCGUUGGCGUUUGCCACUAUCAUCCAAAUUCCCGUCUGCCAUCAGCAACCUGACCUUUCUGGUAUACCCGUCGUCACUUGGGUACACUUGCACUACUUUGCCAAGUGGCCACUUAUUGUGCGUGCUUUCACUUUCCUUAGAGAUGACUAUAUCACCAACAGCAAGGUUUCUCUUAGACUGGACCCGCUUUUGCCUGACUUGUAACAUUUGAAGAUACUCUCCCCGCCAUCUCAGCCAGAAUUCAUUUGCAAGAUACUGAACUCUUCUCCAACGUCUACGACAAUACAUAUCGGCUCUUUGAAACUUUCCUUGGGGCGGUAGCACUCUUUAAGAUGGUUAGGAGUCAACGGCUCUGGAGCUUCUGCAUCACAUAAGUUAUCGACGCUGAGGGGUCUUGAAUUAAUAAUGCACUCGACUUCUGUCAAGAGUGUUCGCAAUGUCUCAUCAUCUAGUUGGCAGCCAGCUUGUAACAGUAGUGGUUCAAGUGCGUUGCGUACACUACGAAUGAUACGUUCCCAUGUCCCGCCCAUGUGAUUAGAAUGGGGUACGUUCAACUUGAAUGGAAUCCACUCGCAUCCAUUCCUUAGCAAAUAGUCUUGAACAUGAUCUUGAUUCAUCUCACAUAAUGCUGCUUUCAGUUCACUUCGUGCACCAAUGAAAUUUGUCCCUUGGUCGGACCUCGGUUGUCUCACAGCACCUCUCCGAUUCAUCAAACGUCUCAAUGCACUGAUAAAUGAAGAACUCUCCAAUGAAUUGGCAGUCUCUAGAUGAACACUUCGUGACCCCAUACAUGUAAACAAUACUCCAUAGCGUUUAACUUCACUCCUUCUCUCUUUGACAAUGAACGGUCCAAAGUAAUCAACGGCACAAAACGAAAAGGGAGGAGCUGGUUCAAGUCUGUCGUUAGGAAGGCAGGCCAUCUUCUGCUGCUCAGUGGGCCUACGCAGUCGUCUACAUGUCAAACAACUCGAUAUGAACCUCGCUACUUUUGAUGAAACAUUGAUCAACCAAUAGCCACUUUGCUGCAACUCGUUAUGCGUCAUACCACGACCCAUAUGGUUCACCUUGAGAUGGUGAUGUUGAAUCAACAGUUUUGUCAAGUGUCCUUUUCGCGGAAUAAUGACUGGAUGCUUCAGAUCAACUGGUGUAUCUGCUCUUCUGAUACGACCACCAACACGAAUUAUGCUAUCAUGGUCCACAAACGGAUCCAGUUUGUACAGCGAACUUGUCUUUCGUAACGGUUGGUUCCUCUUUCUGGCUUGGUUUCUGUUUGUCUCUCCGUUGGUUACAUUUAUGUCGCAGAGAAUUUGAAGUUCCUCACGGAAAUGUUCGUACUGCAAACAUCUGAUGAUGGUCUUCUCUGCCUCUUAAAGCUCUGGAAGCGUAACUCUCAGUAUUGACUUCUCAACUUGUGUACUUGACCUUGUUACUGGACUCUCGGGUUUCUUAAUUUCCCUUCUUUGAAGCUUGGACUUCAGACGUAAACAUAGAGCUAUGACCUUUAUAGCACGGUUCCAGCUAGAUACACCAUCUAGUCUGAUUAUUUCAAAUUGAUCUGGAAAUGGAGCAACACUUCUGACAUCGUUUCAAAACAGACACUUUCUUCACCUCCGGGUCAGAGUCUUGAAGGCGAGGCAGCUCCACGUUUUCUGGUUCACAGGGUCCGCUUCUCCACAAGAAUUUUGGACCAGUUAACCACACCUUUUCCAGCUGCUUUGCGGUGAGUCCUCUUGAUGCUUCGUCUGCGGGGUUGUUGUUUGUGUCUACGUAAAACCAUGCGUUGGGAUAGGUUAGGUCCCGGAUUUGCUGCACUCUGUUAGCAACAUAAACGUGAAACCUCUUGGCUUCAUUGUUAAUGUAUCCGAGAACUACUCGGCUAUCCGUCCAGAAGAAUUCUUUCAUCUCCGGGUACUCCAACUCAUUUCUCACGAACUCACUCAUUCUUGCAGAGGUGGUAGCAGCAGCUAACUCCAGCCUUGGAAUAGUCUUGUGUUUAAGGGGAGUUACCCUGGCUUUUCCGACGAUGAAGGAACAAUGAGCUUGAUCGAGUUCGUUAAUCAAUCUUAGAUAACAGCAUUGACCAUAGCCUCCCACUGAAGCAUCUGAAAAAUAGUGGACCUCCACUGCUUUCACUGGGCCAAAGUUGUCUGGCUUGAAACAUCGCUGUAUCUCUAGUUUCUCCAACUGUACGAUUUCUCGCCGCCACUUUUCCGACUGUGGGUGUAGAUACUCUGGAACAGGGCUAUCCCAAUCCAGCUUGUCUUUGCACAUCUGCUGAAGAAUCUCUUUACCUCUGAGUGUAACAGGGGCCAGGUACCCAUUAGGAUCAUAAAUAGAGCCAAUAGUGGACAAUACACUUCUUCGAGUUAAAGGGCGAUCAUGAAGUUCAAUCCGGAACUGGAAACUGUCGCUUUCAGUGCACCACAUCACGCCUAGAGCUCUUUCAAUAGGUAAUGGAUCUACAGCUAAGUUCAGUUCCUUUAUUUCCUUUGAAUGGUCAUCAACCGGAAAGGCUUCAAGAACUUCUUUCUUGUUCGAGACUAUUUUAUGUAAUCUGAGACAAGCCUUGCUACAAAUUGCUUGACUGGCCUUGAUUAACUGUAUGGCUUCGGGUACCGUUGAUACAGAUUUUAGUCCAUCAUCUACGUAGAAGUCCUUGCGUAUGAACGCCGCAGCAUCUGUACCAAACUCCUCUUCGCCAUCGUUAGCUGCUCGCCUAAGCCCAAAGUUCGCGCAACCUGGGGAACUGCUGGCACCAAACAGGUGAGCUUUCAUACGAUAGUCGAUUACUUCCUUUGUUGGGUCCCCAUCCAACCACCAAAGAAAACGUAACAGAUCUCUGUGUUCUUCGGCAACCACGAACUGUCAUAAAUGCAACGCUUUCCUUGCGAAAACGACACAAGAUACUCAACAGAUCGUUCAUAAAGUCAGGACCUUGCAGCAAGUAGUCAUUGAGGCUGACUCCGUUAAACUGAGCCGAACAGUCAAACACCACCCUUAUAUGCCCUGGUUUCUUUGGAUGGUAGACACCUGUAUGCGGUACGUAAUUGACUUUACCGUCUUGAACCUUAAGACGAUCUACAGGAACUUCCUCUGCACAUUGUAAGAUUAUGUCCUUCAUAAACGCCUGGUAAUCAGUAAAGAACUUCGGAUUCUUCUUGAAUCUGGCCUUCAGUUGGUUCCACCUCUUUACUGCGAGCUGGCGGUUGUUUGGAAGACACACACUGUCUGAUUUCAACGGAAGUGGCAUCACGUAACGUCCAUCCGAUUGUUUCUUUACUCCGUCCUCAAGAAUCCUUAGAAAUCUCUCAUCUUCCAUAGAAUAAGGUUUGUACUUAAGACUUGUCUCAACAAAGUCAGUUUCUAACACACGGAGAACUUUCUCUGGGCCAAUAAUCUCUUAAGCCUUCGUGGCGAAUGCAAACUGGCUACGAAUUUCUGAAGCUGCAACUCUAUUGCACACACCCUUGUCUGUGUUUUCAACAUCACUAGACUUGCAGACUCUUCCAAUAACUCCCCAACCAAGUAUAGUCCUCUGAGCGUACGGCUCGUCAUCUUCACCGGCAACUAUUUCCCUGGGUCGGAUAGCUCUUGGGCAGUUGUUUCCAAUCAGGAUAGAAAUUUCUGCAUCUGGGUGGUACCGUGUCAACUUAUCGGCGAUGGGCUUCAGAUGUUGCCAUUCCCUAUCCACUUCAGGUUUUGGAAUCUGCGACCGGUUAGCUGAAACAAGUUCCCGGGUGAAGGCCACUGGCAUCUUCACUACACAUUCUCUAUGGUACUCAAGAAUCUCUAGCCCAGAUAUGUUCUUAGUUUUAACACGGGCAUUUAAUAAUAAUAAUAAUGAGUCUUUAUUUCACCAAAUGAUAAAACUACAUAUCUUAUGUUACAAUAAGAGAAGAUAAAAACUAUGAUAAAAAUAUCUACGUUAUAUGUAUAUAUUAAAAAAAUGUAUCAUUACAAUAAAUGGAGCUUAAAAAUCAACCUAUUUACAAAGGUGUUCAUAAAACGCUCUGUCUUAAUUGUCGGGCGCACGCAGCCUUUUUUCCUAAGAUUAUGUACAUAAGUCUUCUGGAAAGGAAUGAUAUCUUUUAGUGGGUGGCAAUCCGUUGAUAUUAAUUUCUUUAAAAUGUUUUGGUCUUUUGCUGCUGCAUUGUUGUCAACAGAAGCUCGGUUGAUGGGCCUUGCAGGUUAAACCGUUCACAAAGAGUCUCAGACACAAAACUGACAUUUGAAUGAUCGUCGAGGACUGCAUACUGCAAUAUUGGCUUCUCUGGCUCUCCCACUGGCCUGACCCACACUGGUUCUAUCAUGGUGUCAUCAAAUCCACCGCUUUGUUCAGGAAUUAGACAUACACUCGUACAAUUUGAGAUGGCAGCAUUGUCUUGUGUUAGUUCCUUGUGAAGGCAUGUGGGAUGUGUUCCUGAGCAUGUUUUCAUUUUGUAUUUCAACCUCUCCUUGCAGUUUGCUACCUGAUGACUCUUACUGGCUGCACAACCCAUACAUAAACGUUCGCGGAAGAAGAAGUCUCUCCUUUCACUGAAAGGCUUUCUACAGAAAUCAGCGCAAUCAUCUAACUUGUGCUUUGCACCACAAAACAGACACUUCGUCAAACCAUUUGGACCAGAGUCCUUUGAUUUACUAGAAUUAGUGAGGUCUGAUUUACUGUUGCCACCACCCUUAGCUGAUGUAGAAAGAGAACUACCCUUCUCAUUAUCUGGUUUCAGCUUCAGAUUUCUGUUAAAUCUUGGACUACUUGAUGGGGCGAGGCCUUCUAACUCUGGGAUGUUUGCCUUUUCUGCUGCUUCUCUGAUGAAAUCUGUAAACUUAGCAAAGGUAUGGUAACUGGCUUCACCAUGGGUAUGUCUCCAUUGUUUAAUUGCAUCUCUCCACUUGGUUUCAAGGUAGUAGGGUAACUUGGAUAGUAACUUUACAUUCUCCUUUGCAGAGUCCAGUACAGAAAGACCAGGAAUGGUGUUCUUUGCUGCUAAUACCUUGUCUAACAUGUCUGAGAACUCCCUUAAGGCACUGGCAUCCUUGGGUCCUAUCUUAGGCCACUUCUCCAACUUGUUAAUAAAUGCUGUACUCACAACAUUACAGUUUCCAUACCUUUCCUGCAAUACAGACCUGGCUUUCUGAUAAGCAUCUUCUGUCCCAGUCAGAAGAUAAUGUUCCACAACUUGCUUUGGCUUUCCAGUUACAUACUGAUUCAACAUAUUCAGCUUGAUGUCUGCUGCCAGUGGUCUAGAGUCAACUAGAGCAUUAAAGGCACUCUUCCAUACAGGAUAUUGCAGGGGGUCUCCUUCAAAUACUGGAAUGGUCAGUUUUGAAAGUUGUCCAGAAACAAACAGUUCUUUGCUCACAGUACUUUGUUCUAAGUUAGCUUCUGUUAACUUGUCCAUACACCUUUCUAAUGAUGAAGCAACCUUUUCCCACCCUUCACAGACGGAGUUAACUUGACCUUGAGGAUGAACAAACUGGUAACUUGAAGGGGAAUUCAUAACUGUUAACGUAAUUGGUGAUGGACCACUUAUGGAGUUAGUUACAACAGGAUCAGUUUUUGCCGACGAGAAAGCUUGUGUACAAGCUGCUUCUGUUUGAAUGGGAAGACCAAGUUCAAGUUCAAAAUGACGAACAGUAAAUACUGACUGUGUUACGGCUCCCGGUGAGAAUGAUGGAGCAGAAGCCCGCAAACCACAUGUUGUAGUCUUUGGUGUGGAUGUUGUUGUCAAAACAGGUGUUUGGGAUACAUGUACUUGGGACUGAACUGAUGUAUUAGUCUCAUUUGCACGGGUAGUUACUGUUAGAGAUUGCAAGAAUCUUUUCACUCCUUCGCCUUUACUCUCACUAGGAAGAUUGACUAGAUCUUCUUCAAGGGAGGGUGUUUGCUCGUUAUCAAUCUCUUUGCAUACACUUAACUUGGCUCUACUAAGUUCAAGUUCCCUCUUAAGUUUGAAUUCUUCCAGUUUCUGCUCCUGUUUUAACCUUUCUGUUUCUAGGGCCUUUUCUUGUUCCACAUAGGCUAGCUUCACCUUCAAAGCAGCUUCCUCCUGUAGAAGCUUAUAUUUAUCUACUUAAGUUGAAAGUACACUGUCUGAACUUGAUUUUGACUUGACACUUUUGGUUGUUUUACUCCUCUUUGAACCCUUAGAAAUGACAGAAUUAGACUCCAAAACUGUCUGUUCCAAAUACUUUAUCUCAUCCCUCACAUCCCUUUCAAAAUCCGACCACUCACCACAAACUUGCUCCCAGAUGUUCUUGACCUUUGCUAACUCAUCGUCUUGAACUGUUUCCAAAAUGUCAUUAUAUGCAUCCACAAAUUCAUUCCACAGAACUUGUGCCUUACUAAGCUCUUGCUUCCACCUUGAUAAUUCAUUACAAUGUCCCCGAAGCAACAGUGUUUUUCUCAGCGUUCCCGUAAAACUUGAACUUUUAUUCUUGAAAGAGUUCAACUUUAUAUCGUUUUGAUAGGAUUGACCCUUUUCGGUUAGCUUCCUGAUACGAACUUCCGACGAAUGCUGUUCAUUUUCCACAUGGAAAAAUCCUUUGUUUUCGGCAUUCUCCGAUAGAUCAACAAUUAAAGGCGAAGACUUCUCGCAAACAUCAUCCAAACAAUUAUUUGAAGAGGAACUUACCACCUCACCACAAACAUCCGACACUGAAGCCUCAGGAAUAUCACUCAACUCUCGAGACAUGACGAGUACUGAAUCCAAACCAAAGGCAAUCAGAAAUAAAUUUCUACAAAGGCUUACACCACUUGGUAUCCAUUCAAAUCCUCCACAGGUCGUCCGGCUUUCGUUAUGAACUUCUUGUUGUGACAGCGAUGACUUUACGGUGGUUAAAAGCUUCACCAAGGACCAUUAAGUUGUUAUUGUGGUGCUGCCCUCGAAAGUCGUAGAGUUUCGUUGUUAUUCACAAGAAAAAGAGAAAAACUUGAAUCGUCAGAUCUUUCCUUUAUCUCCAAAUAAUCUUUAACUCUUCAGUUCUUCAGUUCUUCAGAGAACAACUUAGUCUGCCUUACACGAUACGGAUGAGCGAAGGAUUACAUGGAUUGUAAACCUAAAUCACACAUGUGAUAAACAAGAACAUGGCGGCAACUAGCACGAGUCCUAAGCAAAAUGGUAACAACCGCUGACCAUAAAUACUGAAAACUCCUUACUACAGCACUGCUGUAGUAACAAUGCCUCUAUCUACUGAAACACCUCGGUAAAAACUGACAUAGCGAGUUUAAACGAGGUAUAUAUUCCUUCUCUGUUUUGAUUGACAGUUUUCAAGGAUGACUUUCUCGGUUUUUUUAAUUUCCGUGUAGAAUUAAAUCUUUAACUGAUCGAAGCUAGACGUAAACCUUACAAUAAACCCGUUAAUACUCUGUCAGGCUUGGUUCAUGCCGGGUAACGUUUAAGAAAUUUAUGAACUAUCGAUCGCGCGGCCACAGUCUGAACCGUAUGACCGUACGAUUCUCUCCCUGCUCGUAAGGUGUCUUUUCAUAGGGCGGGGAAAACAUUAAUACAACAUUGUUCAUCAUUAUUUCCAUCGUUUUAGGUUAGGGUAGCAAACCGUUUAGCUUUUAGGGUUAGAAAAGCUGGAACACGACUUCUCUCCCUGGAAUGAAGAGAAACAAUAAGGCCGCCAAAUACAUCGUUUUAGUUUUUAAAGUUCUCCUUUAUUAAUAGCCUGCGAACAGCAGACGCAUUUCCGGUCGUCGCUUCUCUCCCUCCUUCUCCCACGGCAUGUGUGCCCCUUGCUUUAAGUUUACCUUAUUGAAUUUACUGGCACACAGAUCAGGGUAAGUCCUGAUCCGCCUUCCCCGCGCAUGCCGUGGGAGAACUGCCGUGCGGUUCCCAGCCCGAACAGUUCCCACAUGUGUUGAAUGGAGCUGUCGCUUAAAGGAGUGCUUGCACUCGCCUCGGCAGUAAAGGGUCUUUGAUACACGGGGAUUUUCCCCGUUCAUUGACCCGACGGUUAUGCCAUGCUGAUGAACCCUAAGAAGGGCGAAACAGCUGUCCAUGGGGGCCACUGCCCGGGUGAUAUGGCUGUGCACAUGCGUGAGGUACUGGCCAGGCCGUGGGUUGGUGUGUGUGUGCCCCUGCAACUGUUUUUCAUUUUUUUUUUGUCAAUAUCUAAUUUAGGGGAGUUGGAAACAGUGAUGAAGGCUAUAUCAAAGUGCCACGCUUUGAAGAUUUUAAAACAGACCCCUAUGUGGCUAUCUUACGACGGUCGCUACAACAAUCAGGGUUUGCAAACGAAACAGUUAUGCAACAGCACGUAACAUACUUUCCCUGCCCUAGAGGAACAUUUGUCAAUGCAUCAAUUAAAGAUUGGCCGAGCUGUGAACUUUGCCCUCCAGGUAAAUUUUUGCCAUGUGAUCUGACGUUAGCCAAUGUUCCAUCAUCCAUAUCUCUGUCUCUCUCUCUCUAAAGUUUCUGACUUUAGUUUUGUUGUUGUUGUCGUUGUUUUCUUCAAUAUGUAUAUUUCUUACGUUCAUUCAUGUCUAUAUUCACUAAUCCAUUGAUCCAUUUUAAUCGUUCUUUCCCUUCGUCCGUUUUCUUCUCUUUUCUUUGAUCGUCCGGUCCAACAACCACUUCGUCUAUCGAUUGGUCUACGUUAGGUAUUGCUUCUUUUACUUUCAGUCCCUAGUCAUAAUUCUGUUCAUUGCAAUUAUUUAUGCUUCUCCAGUAACAUCUUUUCCUUUGACGCCUUGUUAUUCAUCUUCCUCAAUCCAUUUCGUAUAUUAUGGGCGUGUUCGAUUGAUCUUCUUCCGGAAUAAGAGUAAAUGAAAUACGCUCGGUAAAUCACUUGUUUUGGCACUCAUUGCAUUGAAAUAUCUAGAAAUCUGCUUGAAAUAAAAUAUUUCAAUGAAAGUAAGGUUUGAAAACAAAACUUUUGCGAAUUAUUUUUUUGGAAAAAGGGCGAUCGACCACGCCCUAACCAUGUUAAGCAAUAAGAAUCUUUUCAUUCCUGUUAAUGUUUCAUUUUGCAGGAGGAUAUUUUUCGGACUCCUUAGCUUUUGUAAGCAAACUGGGCUGUAGAAAGUGUCCAAAUGGAACAUACGUUUCUCUCUACAAUAGACCAGGGACACAUGCAUUAAACUGCACCGCGUGCCCUCAAGGUAAUGACGCAACCCCGAUUAUUGUUAAAGGGUAAUGAUAAUUGUACAGCAAUUUGAUUUAAAAUGUUCUAAGAAGUGAAGAUAGAUUUUAUUGAACCAAAAAUUGAUUCCACAAUCUCCUUUUAACGUUUAGAAAUUUUUCGAGCACUGCCAUUUUAAAUUUUGUGAAGUCAAUUGAUCGCUGCAGUUGGGUCUUGACAACAGCAGUCACCAAAUGAGGUCAAUAUUAAUCUCCUACCCAGACCUCUCUCUGCCAAAGACAGAGUGAGAUCUGGGUACGAGAUUUUGUCAGAUUGAUACAAAAGGCGACACGCAGGAAAUCUAAAAAAAAUUCGUGUCAUGUCUACGUAGAAAAAAUUGAAAUUCUUUAUAACAAAUUGCUCUGACAGUCGUGGUUUCCCAAGAGAGCUGUAGAAAAAUUGAUUUUAAAAAAUCGAUUUUUGGCCUUUUUAUCUAUUUAUGGAAGUUUUCUUCAAUUAACUGUUAUGUUAUCCUUGACUCCUUUACAAAGGAACAGACACCAAUUCGUUCGCUGGAUUUCGUGCAUGCAAAUGCUUGGAUGGUUUUCAUCGCACUCACAUGUUUAAAGGCUGUCAGCGGUGUGAUAAACAAGGGUGGAAAUGCGAAAAUGACUACAUUACACUUAAGCCGGGCUAUUGGUGGAAAUGGUCCAAUGACUCCGUCAACCUCUAUAAGAACUACACCUCAAAUCUGCUGUCAUCAAAUCCUUCCUUCGACAGUAACAGAGUCCAAUACAAUUAUUCGUUGCCUAUGCCACAUGAAUGCCCAAGAAACGAAUCAUGCUUAGGAGGUCUGGACUCCAAAUGUGAACAGGGCUAUAACGGGACCCUCUGUGAAGUUUGUAGCCAUGGGUAUUACAAACACCUUCAGACUUGCAAGAAGUGUCCAACAAAGGCUUGGAUGGUGGGUCAAUUGACCAUCACCUUCGUUUUGCUGUUGCUCCUUGUAGUGGUAGUAGUUUGGACGAGCAUUAAGAAAAACAAAGAAAACAGAGAGCGCGCUUUGGUUGACAUAAUUUUGGCCAGGCUAAAAAUCGUCAUUGGUUUCUAUCAGGUUACGUUUGGCAUACUGAAUGCUUUCGCUUUCAUUAAGUGGCCUGAUUCCCUGGCUGCCAUAGCAAAAUAUUCCAAAAUGCUUCAACUAAAUGUUCUUCAGAUUGCUCCAAUUCAUUGUCUAUUUCCUCAGUUAAAAGUGGAUGCAUUUGGGAGUUUGUUUGCUAUCCUCGCAAUGAAUGCAGCUGCUGUUGCAGUGGCUGGGACAUCUUAUGGAAUAAAAAGGCUUUUGAUGAUCUUCAAAAGUCGUCACCUGGAAAAUGAUGCGGUAGCCAAGCAGAUUUCAAAAUGCAAGGAGCUUAUCUACAGAAAUCUUUUUUUCUUCUUGUUUGUUACUUAUCUUAGCACCUGCUCAAAAACAGCAAGCGUCCUUCCCCUUGCCUGCCGCGAGAUUUGUUAUGAAGAUGACGGUAAAGAUUGCUUCAAAUAUCUAAAAGCAGACUUUACUAUUGAAUGCAAUAAUCCAGAAUACAAGCGCUUGGUUUCUGUAGCAUAUUUUGCAAUUGCAUACAUCGUCUUUUUGCCUCUUGCCUCUUACCUCUUUCUCUGGAAACAAAACAGAAAAGUCAAAGCAUCGUUAAACAACUCUGGACAAAAGCAAACUUUUGGAAAAGAAUUGGCGGCAGGGAUGAGGUUUCUUUCUGAAAAUUACACAGCCAGGUCAUGGUAUUGGGAGCUUGUCGAGACAGUUCGCAAAGUCAUAUUGACAUCUGGCUUGAUUCUCGUGGGAGUGGAGAGCAGGGCAUACGUUGGAUUGGCUUGCGUUAUUUCGGGACUGUAUGGAAUAUUUUUUGCCUACGUGAGACCAGUAGAAGAUCCAUUUGAAAACAAACUGAUGCUUACUUCUCUUGCUGUUACGUUCGUCAAUCUGGGCAUUGGAGCUGUCAGCAAAAUUCCCAAAGAAAAUGUUCCAGCGUCGAUAGAUCGGUAUGUGGACUCUGUUAUGUUCAACAUAUUGGUGAUUGCUGCCAACACUCUUGUGAUCGGAUUACUUAUUGGUGAGUAGGCUGAAGAUUAAGACCACGAGAAGCCUCUCUUUUUUCUUAGUCCGCCGAGCGAAACGCGCGAGACACAAAAAAGACCACGCGCGUGACUGAAGGCGCCAAACUGGAAAGCCGCCUCUUCGCUCGACGCUUAUGCGCGCGUGCACUUUCCUUCCUAUAUUCUCCCCUCCCUCUACCCCUACGUUCCUGACUGGGAAACUCUCUCCCUUCUUCUUCUCCCUCUCCCUUCUCAUAUUUUUUUUCUCUCGUUCCAGCUUUCGUUCAUUAAGUCGAGCAAAAAAGCUUGCUACGCACACUAAAGUGGCAGCAGCAACAAUUCAUCAAUUAAAGCUACGAGCCCUGUAUUGCAAACGCAGGCUGUAUUGUGUUGUUUCUAGUGGGCAGAUUUUGCUUACUCUCUUUAUGUCUUUAUUUCAGUUCAGUACUCGUUCCGUCUUUACCAUUUCAUUCAAAAAUGGAGAAAAAAUCCCCAGUGGUCCAUGUCCUGUUGCCUAGCAAUGCUUCUUCCUCUUAACGACCUGCAAGGAGAAAUCCAAGGCAUGAUGGGGCGGAAUGUUGGGAGGCAGAGAAUUAAAAGUGGACGAAUGGCUAUACCCUCCGUGGCUGGCGCCGUGAAGGAAACUGGGGCUAUUGCCUUUCAGCUUGAAGAGGACGACACAACUGAAGUUGCGCCAGACAGCAUGGGUGGCCAUGACGACAGCUCGCACAGUCCACAAAUUGCCACGUACCCCACAGAUCCCUUUAUAACUGACUUUGCUUUAUCGCCACUUGUUGUUCAUUACCGCUCGAAUAGAAGGGAGACCUCAGUGUAGGAAUAAAUGGCAAAGGAUGCUUACAAUUUACAUGGGAAACCAGAAAUUCUGGUUGGAAAAUGAAAUAGUUCGCGCCCGCAUUCCAUUUACGAAGCUUCAGAAAAUAUGGGCAGUGAUUUCAGGCUAUUUAACUUUUCCACUAUAUUUAGUCUGUCCAGCUUAUUUGGGUAUAAUAUGUGGCUUGUCGUUAUCCCACCGCCUCAAAUUUGAUGGUUUGAUAUUUCUUAACAAGAUUUCCACCCUUGUCGUUUGUAUAAAUGCAUAGUAAGCAACUGAAGAAUGAAAAAAUAUUUUCGGAAGAAAGAACAUAAGUUAGGUAACAGAACGUUGUACAUUCAUUUUGUAACUGUACUUUGAAUACAGGAGUAGAGCUGGUUCCAUAUGCAUGAUUAAUCUCGAAGUGUAAUUUGAUGGCAUAGCACAAAACAAAGCCCAAGGGAGGGAGGGAGGGAAAAAUUUUUACAAGAAUAAUAUACUGAGCGCUCACCUUGCUAAAUAACAGAACCCAAGUGAACCCUGAACACUUGUCAUAGGCUUUUAUAGCUAGACAAACGUCUGCUGGCAUAGCCAGUAGAAAAGCCCGUACCACAAGACUUAGACAGCUCAGCGUUGCACGUGCGAAAUCUUAGCCAUGAAUAGUGCAUUGAAAAAGUUGGACAAUGCUGUGGAUCAAUUGGCCUGCUAAAGACAACAAGGCCGUAAAGUUAUACGCUAGAAUACAAUGUAUCUUAGAGCUUGCUGACCUUGGCAGCUUGACUAAACAACUGCUUUAUUGAAAAAGAACCGCCAUGAAAUGGUUACUGACAACUAACGUCACGUUCCAUUAACUAAAUUUUACUGGCGUGACAGUAAAAUUGCUUUUAAUUAGAGAUCCGGCAAGAAAGAAUGAGUCAGCUUUAUUUACGCGUUGAGUGAACCUCUGCAUUCAAGAGCUUUUACUAAUUUUAUGGUUUGCCACACCAUGUAUGUCGUUUUGAAAAUGCCUCAGUAAUCUUUAGUUAUUAAAUAAAACUAGGGACACUCCUCGGCGGUGCGGUUAAGUCUGCGCAGCGACUUCCCCCAAGCUUGUUGGCCGCGUUGCUGUUUAAUAUCGCCUGCAAACCGAUACUCUUGUCCGAUCCAGCACCUGCUGUAUUGCAUUCAGCUCGUAGUGCUGGAAAGAUUAGUGAUGUUCUUUGGUCACGCCAUCGCCGGAAGUCGCACAGGCUAACCUAGCGCAAGGCAGUGCUCCCCCAUUAAUGCCAACUUGUCAUUAUUUGUUUGUAUAAUUUAGUUACUGCGUUUAACAUGCAUCGCAAAGGAACAGAGACAUUAAGAAAUGCUAAUGCCAGACGUUACUUGAAGAGGGAAUUAAAACAAAACUGAAUGCAAGGCUGGCAAUAUGGCAAAGGGCUGAUUUAUUUGAGGCCAGUAAUUCGGCUAAUAAAAUUAGCUUGCCUUUAAGAUGUAUUUUUUUUGGCAUUUCUUCGACGAUCAAAUUAUAAGCUGUUUCACGGAUCACUUAUACCCUGACAAAACAGCCGACAUUUCGCGACGCCACCACUGGUUUCCCCGCGGAAAGAGAUCUCACAGACGAUCGCAAAAAACGCGACACCAUUUAGAUCUGGAUCUGGAAAAUUUCCUUUAACCAAUCAUAAGCACUACCCAGAUCGCGUCAUCAGUAUGGAAUUUCUGCGCACCUUUCUCGGUGGCGAGGUCUCGAAAUUUCGGCUGUUUUCGUCUCUCAGGCUUUUUUUUUUGUAGUUAUAGUUCGAUCACCUGGUAGCGAUAGUACUGAAGUCCUGUUUCCUCUAAUAUCCUUUAAGUUCUGGUAUUUGACCGUUUUAUUCUAGUUCUAUACCGAUAUAUUCAAGGAUUUUGUCUUUUUUGGGGAGUGAGUUAGUGCGCUUGUUUGAAUGGGUAGCUUAUUUGCUUAUUUGAUAUUUUUUCAGCCUCAAAAAGGGCGGCUUAUUCGAAAGUGGACGCAUAUUUGAAGGAGGACUUAUGUGAAUUCGAGCAUUUACAGCAAGCGUAAAAAGAGAAGCUGACAACGUUCUUCGUCGAAACUGCGUCGUUUGCACCGUUGAUUUUUUGCCAUACUACUUAGGGCGCUUUCCAUUUGCCAAGACCAGUCCAGUCAGUAAAGAGAGUUAUUAAUCAGAACUAUCCUGAGAUCAGUAUUUGCACGGCAGUGACGGGUUUUAGUUAAAAUUUCGAUAAAAAUAUUUGGAAAGCGCCCUCGUGAUAUUGUUUCUACUGUAUUUAUGCAAUAUAUAGAUUUAGUCAGGGCUAAAAGCGAAGCUUUCAUUAAUAAAUUUAUUAUUUAAAUCAAACAACAAACUUGUAAUCCACAAAUCAGUCACAUUCAUGUGACUGUUGAGGGAAAGGCUUUGUGAUUUUAGAGUGAAACAUCUUACAUCGAGUUGAUAGCCUUGUAUGUACACCCGAGAAAUACAGGAGCCGGCUCCUGAAAAUACCAAUCAUCCUCGAUCUCAUUUAAGAGCUAUAAGGGCUCUUGAUUACAGUAGAUUACGCCUGGAAAACAAAUUCUCGCAUGGAAAACAAAUCAGGCCCAGUUUUUUGCGUUCGACAAGUUUACUUUACAAAAUCUUGCCAACAAAUUUUAUAUACUUUUUAUACAUCACAUCUGAGGUGAAAGAGUAUUCUAUGAGGCACUGUAUUUAUCAUACAGACCUUGGACAGAAUGCAGUAUUUCACAAUUUUUCAAGACAAAUUGCACCCAGUCAAUAUUCGGGACGAUCAAUCCUGGGCUUUUUAAUAGCGAAACCGUUCAAAAAAUUUCCAAAAUCACCUAUACGGCCAGCCGGUUCUCAUUUUUGACAAGCGCCAAACUUGCAGUGCGAGCUGUGUCGAGUGUUUGAAUGAACAUUAAUAGAGUUACGCUUCAACAUAAUAAAGAACAUAAUAUAUUAUGUUUAUUCUUUUAUUUAAUGGGUUUAUAACGUUUGAUACGCGCGGCAUUUUAAGUCCUCCUGUAAGCGAUGUUCAUGAACGACUGAAAACAAACGGCACAGCGAUUAAAUUUGCCAAAGAGCCCGGUGUUUGCUUGUUUCAAAGAUGAACUCAAAACAAGAAAAUCGCUCAAAGUUUUCUUUCUACAGCCAAAUUUAUAACUAAAUAUCCUUCAGAACGUUUCUUUCUAUCUGGGGUGAGAAAGUAUAUCUAAAGGCUUUUUAAAGUUCUGCCAAAUCUUACAAACGCGCAUAAACUUGCCGCAUAACUGUGAUCGACUUCACGAAAUUAGAUAUAAAACAACAAACAUCAAAUACAAUAAUUACUCAGGAAUACCAGUUGAGAAGCAGCUCCUGAAAGCUAUAUAUCAAGUAAGACCAGAAUGGUGUGAGACUUUUCAACCCUCUUACGUAUCAAGCAACGUGAAAACCGAAAACGAUGCCAUCCGAAAUCGGAUUUCCGACUUUGACAAGCGACGCAUUUCUCAACCAAAAAACCAAUAAACAAACUAGCUAUGAAUAACAGAAGACUCUUGAUAGCAGCUGCAUUUUAUUUUUUACAUCAAGUGGAAAAAGACAGUUAAAUACAUCACAGGUUGACGGAAAACUCUGUUAGCUUCAGCUGUCAACACUGGACGAAAAAAAGGGAUUUGCUUUUAAUUUGCUCAGCGCAAAUAUGAUGCAAAUUUGUGCAAACUGGGGAAUAAAUCUGAGCACACCUUUUACACCGGGGUGUAAAUAGGUAUGCAAAUUGAGGUAUGCCUCUGAGUCAAUAGCCCAUUCGGCCUUCGGCCUCGUGGGCUACUGACUCAGGGCCCAUUCGGGCUCGAGGAAUAAUUGUUAAAUAUUUCCGAUUUAUUACUACAUCACCUUUUCCAUAUCGCCAAACGAUAUAUUUACACAUGUAAGUUAAAUAAUUUCAACCUUGUGCUACAGGUUUAUAUACAAACCGUAAUGAACUCCAUGAAAUUGAAAAAGAGGUUGCAUCUAAUAAUAACAAUAUAUCUUCCUUCAAAAACAAAUGGAGCCCUCUUAAACUUUCAUCCUCGGACAAAUUGCUGGUUUUCAGUGUCACGCCAUUCAAAGUAGAUCAAAAUAAAAAUCAAAACCGUUCAAUAGAUAAAAUCCAGAACCUGGAAAAUAAAAAGGAGGGAAAUAUGCAAAGACCCUCGCCAAUAUUCAGGCCAGAGGACUAUUUCGUAUACGAGAUAUCCGAAGAAAUGUUUUCACAAAAUUAGUAGAGAUUUGUAUGGAGACGCCAUGCUGGUGCCCAUCCAGAUAGGUGCCAACACGGCGGACGGAAACCAACACAAACAUCUGUUACCGAGUUUUGCUACAAAAGCGUGAAUUUAUAGUUAUUCUUCGAGGAACUUUUAAAACAUUAAAGUAAUACUUUUUCUAAUACAUGAACUGUUUAGAUAGCAAAAUUCCCUGAAAUAAGUGAUUUUUUUAACCUACAUGACAGUUCUCUUAAUGCCGCGUCACGCAAAAGCUUAGAAAUUCAAGCGUACUCUAUCACAAAACCAAGAACCCUUUUUAAGCGAAAAUUCGUAUGAAAAUUAGUUUUCAGCUGCUCUAAUACAUCGUGAAAGUAAAAUUUCGGUGGGAUCGAUAGUUUUGUAGUUUUAAUUUUGGUGACGUCAUAUGAAAACCAACAAUAAACUUGCUGAUAUUGUUUGUUUUCACGUGACGUCACUAAAAUUCAAACUAAAAAACUAUCGAUCCUACCUAGAUUUUACUUUCACGAUGCAUUAGAGCAGCUGAAAUCUAAUUUUCAUACAAAUUUUCGCUUCAAAAGGGUUCUUGGUUUUGUGAUAGAGUACGCUUGAAUUUCUAAACUUUUGUGUGACGCGGCAUUUACUAGCCUGUUCCAGGCUCCGAGAUGGUGGUGGAAAGUCGUUCAGUAAAAAGAAAUUCGAAAAACGCGCGGGGACUGGGGAGAGACAGGGCGGCGGAGCCUGUACGCAUUUUUUUUAACGGCCUGUUCCGGUAUAUCAGCUCCUUGUAUACCCUCUGAUUGGUCAAUUGUGACAGUUAACAUCAUCACCUAGUAGCGUGGUCAUCAGUUUGUCAUCACCAAGAUGGCUAACGCGAAUCGCGCGUGUGAUCUUCAUGAAUCCGCGCUGUCUUGUGCUUUGGACGAGUCUGCGACUUGGCUCGCGGUAAAGAUGUUUUCGGUAUUAUGCCCACCGGUUUCGGCAAAAGUUUAAUCUUGCAGCUAUCCCCACGCUUGGCUAAAGCUGCGCUAACCCUAGAAAACUCUACGAUAAUCGUUUUGCCGCUGAUAUCUAUAAUGCGAGACCAAGUGGAACAACUGAAAAAGCUUGGAUUUUCGGCGGCACUGAGCUAUUUGGCAUCGGUGAAGAGGGAGAGGAGGACGAGAAGAAAGCGAGAGAAGGAAACUGCGAAAUUGUUUUCGGUAAUCCGGAGUCCUGGUUGAUCACAAAGUGGCAAUAACAAAACAGUCCGAAGACUGUUAAGCUUAUUCCGCUAUUACCAAGGGAGAAACUAGGCGCUCCAGUCAAAAGACUCACACUAUUUAAGAGAAACAUUAUUAAGCUGGAGUUUACUGAGUCACAAUGCAAUUCUCCUUAGUUGAUGUAGCUUAAGUUUAAGCUGCACUUCAUUCUUAUAAUUCUGGAUCUGUAAAUCACUAUUCGUGAUAAUUUAACAUUCUGCAAAGAAAACUAACGAGCUGGUUCCAGCGUGAUACAACAUUGCAGAAAAACAUUACAUUAAUUCACGGACUAAAGAAAAUCAUUUAGUUUGUCAGAUCCAGAAGGCACUUUGGAGAAAAUUAAAACCCUCAUUCAUCCGCAAUAAAAAGCUUUCCGCUUCAAAUUAGAGGUCAAAGAAAAUGCUCUCUCAUCAGAGGGCAAAUCCUGCCGACCAGAAACAAACUCCACAGUAAAUCGAUAUGUGUGCCAUGACCUCUCAGUGUGAAACAAGAGGCUAAAGUCACAUUUCCUCAGCGACCAUGUAGAACCCUCCAGAGCAUAACCUACCCAACAGAGGAAAAAACUUACCGCCCCCUUUUAUUGCUAUAAACUAGAGCCGAAAAAACGGAUCAUCUCACAGGAUAACGAAUUCGAAGACAUAAAUUUCCACACAUAUCGCACAAGGAGUUCGCGUCGCGUGAAAUGCUCGCGCGAGAAACUUGAGAAUGAUUGUAGCUAACUGAAGUGUUAACAGUUUUGACAGCCGAAUCCAGACGUGGCAAAAAUGGGCGGAAGAGGGUCGUUAAAGAAAUGCUAACAGGCUCUCUCUCCCAUUUUUCCCGCCGCCACCGCCCCCUUUCCCAAGUCGUGCGCGUCUUAUUUUCGCUUUGCUCGUUUUAAUACGUUUCCACUAUACUAUCUGAGAGCCUGGCACAGGCUAGACAUUUACAUGAUGGCCAAGAGAACUGUCAUGUAGGUUAAAAAAAUCACUUAUUUCAGGGAAUUUUGCUAUCUAAACAGUUCAUGUAUUAGAAAAAUUAUUACUUUAAUGUUUUAAGAGUUCCUCGAAGAAUAAUUAUAAAUUCACGAUUUUGUAGCAAAACUCGGUAACAGAUGUUUGUGUUGGUUUCCGUCCGCCAUGUUGGAGCUCAUCUAGGUGAGCACCAGCAUGGCGUCUCCAUACAAAUCUCUAUAAGUUUGGGUAAAACAUUUCUUCGGAUAUCUCAUGUACGAAAUAUUCCUCUGCACUGAAUCUUGGCGAGGGUCUUUGAAUGUGUGCCUCUUUUCAUUUCCCAGAUUCUGGAUCAUCUAUUGAACGGUUUUGAUUUUUAUUUUGAUCUAUUUUGAAUGGCUUGACACAGAAAACUAGCAAUUAAAUAAAUCCAAAAGUUCCAAAAGUUAAAGUGAUGCAGAAACAAGUGCAAAUGCAAAGCACCUUUUAGUUAGUAGGAUAGACCCGUUAUGUUUAUGUUGUAUCUUGUUUUUAUCGUGCAAUUUUGCAAUUAGUAGUCAAAUUUGUAAUUAGUUGUACAUAAAUGCUCUAACAUCGUAUUUUGCCUUUCUCUCUUGUGCGUUGUUUUUAUUUUCCCUAGUAAGUAAGUAAGUAAAGCCUUUAUUUAAAGAGGGUAGCACCGAAUAGCCAAAGGCUAAUAAACUUGUGGCCCUCAUAAAAUACACAACUGUUUACAAUCUAAUAAAUAUUGUAAGCUAAAAUAUAUAAACAUUUAAAAUAAAACAAGAUUCGAUUUUUAUAUAUAUAAAAAAAAAAUAUAAAUGUAAGUAUUGCCAUAAGAAGAAUUGUAUCUAAUAUAUGUUAUUAAAAAAAAGAGAAAGAUUUCGGCUUAGCUAUGGGGCUCCGCCCACGCGCACGCGCGUGGAGCUCUGCUAAAAAGUCGCAAAAAAAAAAAAAAAAAAACGUCAUGUAUGCACGAUGAUCAUGAAUGCCCCUCCUUGUCUGGGAGACUAAGUUCCAGUUGUCUGUAAAAACAACAUGGCAACGAACAGGAAGCAUUGAUGAUGAAGUUUUAUGUCCAUUUUGACGGUCCUCCUGCGUUCACCCUGGUUUACAAAUGGGGUAGUGGUAAAAAGGGAAACGUUAAGCUCUUGCUGGAUGUAUUUCUAGCUGCUUUCAACGAAAGAUGCCGUCCUUUGACCAAGCUUUCUCUCGACAACAUUUCACUUGUAGACAGGAAGAAAGCCUUAAUACCAUUUGAGAAAGACGUUGUUUCAGUCAUCAAGGAUGGUUUAGAUCUCUUUGUUGUUUUAAAAGAGUUUUCCAAAGCAAAAGAAAGACGAAAAAAUGUCGUGGAAACCUUAGUACAGACUACUGCUUCUUCAAUUCAUCUGCUGUCUGUUAAAGAGAAAGGUGAAAAACAAUCCAGAAUAGUAAAAACCACAGUGGGUUCUGAGAAAGAUCUGAAUACCGGUGGAUCUGUUACAAACGCUUGUCUCACUCUUCUGGACCUCAAAAAGCUGGGCAGUCUGAGAAAUGCAGCCUGCAUUUGUACCCAAGCCUUGCAAGAUGAAACAAACAACUCAUCUGCUCUUUCGUGCUUGGCUGAAAUUUACUUAGAAGCAGGACGUGCAAAAUUAGCAUUAGAGUACAUUAAGGCAGCAAUUGAAGUUAAACCCAAUGAUACAGGUUUGAGCUUUAUCCUUGGAAGUUGUCUAGCUGAAGUUGGAAGAUUUAAGGAGGCAAGAGAUGCCUAUUUGAAAUACAUGGACCAUUUAGAAACCAUUGGAGCUUCUCAAGGGCAGAAACAUGACAUCCAAGCAGCCAUUGCCGACACUUUUGCUAAGGAGGGAAAAACUGAAAUGGCAGGGAAGCUCUUUUCAGAUGUGCUGAGAGAAAAUGACACUCAUGUCGCAAGUUUAAAAGGGUUUGCUACUUGCACUGCAGCGAUGUCUGAAAAGGACUCUCAUGAGGCAAUAACUAUCAUGAUAACUGCACUGGUGCUCAGCAAAGGUGAACGUAAUAUUAGAAGAGAGGUUGCCAAGCUGAUUAGCCGGCCUGGUGGAAUGGAUGUGUUUAGAAAUCAAAUGCGUGAAACUUGGGAAUCAUCAGAAUCAAUGAUGUUCAUGGCUGACAUUCUGCGUGAAUCAGGUGCAAUAAGACAAGCUUUAGAAUUAGUUGAACAUGCCGGUCAGCUGUCACCUUGUGAUCCUGGCAUCUGCCUUUACCUUGUCCAUACUUACGAAAUUCUAAAUGAGUAUAACAAGGCUUUCCAAGUGGCAUGUUCCUUCAUAAAGAGAAAUGAUGCCCUUAAAAUUGCAAACAUUUCAUUCUCUCAGAUUGCACCAUUCCUUCUGCAGGUUGAUGAAGGUAUCUAUCUAAACAAUGCAGUAGUAAAAGAAUUGCCAGAAUGUAGUGGUCAAGAUUAUGUUGGAGCAGUUUUGGAAUCUGAAUUUCAACAGCUGGGACUGUUGUUUACACUGGUGAAAAUCUUGUUUGUGAAAGGAGCACUCAACCUUGUGAAACCUUUGCUACCAGUUCUGGAUAAACUUCACAGUGGAAGAGACCUACAUCUCACAUUGCUACGAAAUGAAGCUGCAUUUUAUUCAUGCAUUAGUCAUUUAAUGAAUGUGCCAUUCACAUGUAUGCCAUUGCCAAUGAAACAAGAGUUUAUUUAUUUUGCUUCUGACAGUCACUGUUUGUCACCUGCAUGGAGAGUGAUCAAUUACAGAGAUCAACCACAUGUUAUUCAUCCCUUACUGGCUACAGGUGUGAAAAUCUGGCACAUUAGAAAGGAAGGAUGCUUUUACCCUAAAUUUUCCCUCUUAAAUGCAUUGAAAGAAGUUCCAAAUGGCUCGUAUAUCAUUUUCAACAUUGGAGAAAUUGAUUGUCGUGAAGGCCUUUUACGUGCAGUACACAACUGCAAGUAUGACACAAUAGAGGAAGCAAUUUCAGCCGCUGUAGAAAUCUACAUUGGAUUUCUUCAGGAGCAAACAGAGCAGUGCAGUUUUGUGACUUUUGUGCACCCCAUAUUUCCUGUCUUGGAUGAAACCAGGGCUGUGGUGUUAAAAUUCAACCAGAAACUUGAAGAGCACGUAAAGAAGUGCAGUGGGUUGCACUGGCUUAAUCUUUUGAAUGAAUUGCUUGUAAAGGAACACUCUGAAUUCAACAGUGAAUACAAACUUGAUGGCACUCAUGUUCACCCAAAGUAUGUCUCUCUGUUGGAGAGGGCAUUGAAAGAGGCAUUUAAUUAG